CUCUGAUAUAUACUGUACUGUAUAGUAAAUUCACACUAGUCCAGCAAACAACAUUGCAAAAGUGAAAGCGAUAGCAGUGACAGCACAAAAUGUUAAUGUUGAAAUGAAACAGCCUACCAUUAUAUUUAACGAUCACAAACAACAGAGUUUAAGCACCGAUUGUGCAAAUACUAAAAACACAGCGCUCACGUAACUUGAAAAGUCCAGAUAUUCUGCCCCAAAGGCUUGUUUAUUCGGGUGUAAAUCAAAUGCCCGGCAAUAAAGCUGAUAAUGUCCAGUUUGCAAAAUUGCAUGCUUUUCUUAAGCACUUAAGUAAGAGGCAGUUGGGAGCCUUCUGAUCUCUGCCUUAGCAGAUUGUCCCAAAGUGAUUAGCUCUUUCAGUGCAGCCCUGGUCAGCUGCCCGAGGCUCCCGCCACACAGCCUUAAGCUCCAGCUGCUGCUAUCAUCAUGACGCAGCAGCGAUGAAAACAUUAAUCCAAGUUCAGAUCCUGGCCCUUCCAUUGCUUUUGCUUCGCUGAUGCGGUCCAGUGCUGACUCCUGAUUGGAGGCCGGCUUUCCCCCUCCGGCAGCGAGGUUGCAGCGGCCCCUCCUGGUAUCCGGCGCAACCUCGGGGGCGUGAGCCUUGUCGGAACCAGGAAGCGAGCUGCUGCCAGGGCUGGGGCGACGGGCAGCAAGCAGGCAAGGUGCUCUUCGGAUUUCCUGCCUCGUCCUCGUUUUUGAUUUCCAGGCGGAGCAGAUCAGUUAACGGUGCCGUCUGACAGAGGAGGAAGGGUUGCCAACUUUCCUGCCCGGCAAGGUUCUUGUGCCUUUUAUUUACUGGUUGUUGGAUGGCAUCAGGCACCGAUUGAGCUUUCGCUGCAGGCCGGCGGGGGGGGGGCAGGGAAGGGGAAAGGAAAAAAAGCCCCACCCACGGAGAUUUUGCUCCUUGUCCCGCAGUUGUAUUAAAGGCACAGGGAUAAGGGCGCUGGCAGCUUUGUGAACGGGUCCUGUUUUCCCUCUCGGGGUUGCAUUUUCUUCUGUUUCGUUUCUCUUUGGGUCAGGCGGUAGCACAGGGAUAGGGAACCUGCCGACUUCCCGAUCGUGGGCGUAGCCAGGAUUUAUGUUAGGAGGGGCUGAGCACCCAUCUGUCAUCAUCCUCUCUCUGGCUCUGUCUAGCAGAUUCGGAAUGAAAAGUCUCACUCAACAGCAGUUGUUUUAAAUCACUUCCUUUUGACUCCCGAGUGCUCAGAAAACCCUGUCAAAAUCUUUCUACAAUUUCUACUUUUAGUGGGGGCAGCUGCCCCCCCUGCCCAUGCUCACCAUGUAGCUGAACUAGAACUCCCACCAUACCUAACUUUGCAGCAGAACUUAUUCCUCCAAAAUUUUACUGUAAGCUGUAUUCCAUUAAAAAAAAUUAUACUGCAUAUACACACACACACUGACCAAACUGCGGGAGGCAGUGGAAGACAGGAGUGCCUGGCGUGCUCUAGUCCAUGGGGUCACGAAGAGUCGGACACGACUAAACGACUAAACAACUAAACAACAACAAUACACACAGAGAGAGAGAGAGAGAGAGAGAGAGACGCAGGUGGCGCUGUGGGUUAAACCAUAGAGCCUAGGACUUGCCGAUCAGAAGGUCGGCGGUUCAAAUCCCCGCGACGGGGUGAGCUCCCGUUGCUCGGCCCCCUGCUCCUGCCAACCUAGCAGUUUGAAAGCACGUCAAAGUGCAAGUAGAUAAAUAGGUAUCGCUCAGGCGGGAAGGUAAACAGCAUUUCCGUGCGCUGCUCUGGUUUGCCAGAAGCGGCUUAGUCAUGCUGGCCACAUGACCCGGAAGCUAUACACCGGCUCCCUCGGCCAAUAAAGCGAGAUGAGUGCCGCAACCCCAGAGUCGGUCAUGACUGGACCUUAUGGUCAGGGGUCCCUUUACAUUUUCAUAUACUGUGUAUAUAUACUGUAUAUCCCAACACCCUCAAAGCAGUUUACAAGAAUAAAAUCAGCACGAAAAAGUGCAACCAUAAUUUAAAACAUACAAAAACUGAAAACCACAAUAAAAUAGUGUAAAACAAAUUAAAAUUCAGAAAUUGACAGAGUGUUGCUUUCUGCUUAGAAAUGCAUCUCUUUAUGUUGCUUCCUUUGUAAGAUGUAUUUCAAAAACGUGGGUGUGAUGCGGUUGUAGCUGGCCUGUGGGCUUGCUGAACUACAACCCCCAUCAUUCCUGGUUAUUAGCUCUGCUUGCUGGGGCUGAUGGGAGCUGAAGUUCAGCUGCCCAAAGGUUUCCCAUCGCUGAUUUAAAGUACAGUAAAUGACGUAUAGACAGUUUUACACCAGAAAUGUUUAAGUCUUAUGGGAGCAGACUGCAGCAUAAGUUUGUUCAGGGCUAUUUCUAGAAACUUUGGGAGCUAAUUAGCUCCAAGGAAAUUUGUUCUAAAUUUAAUGUUUGUAUUGUUCUGCUGUUUCGUUUGCUGCUGUAGGAGGAAGGGCAGGAUAGAAAAUAAAUAAUAUUUUUCUACAAAUAAAGGUUGGUGCUCACACAUUGAGAUCCAAGGUAUUUCUUUGAGCUACAUGAAGCUACAUGAGGAUAGAUUAUCUAGGGACAAUUUCAUUAUAGGCCAUUUUGGACUUUACUUACAGCCCAAUUGUCUGCCUAGGUACUUGGAAAAAAGCUGCACUUUAUACUCCAUUAUAAAAUAGCCUGUAAACCGGUUUUUGAAGGGGAUGGCUCUUUUGGUUAGUUAUAUUAGAAAAAUUGUUCACUGGUGCUCUCACAGUGUAAAACUGUAUCUUAGCAACUGUAGUAUGUGAAUUGCUGUAGUCUGUGUCCUGCAUUGAGCCUUUUGUGUAAAAGUGCAUGCAUUUAUAUGCAUAUGUACUAGAAACAAGAAGCACCCAGAAUUCUCUCACACACCUGUAUAUGCUUACCUGGAAGUAAGUUGCAUUGAAUUCAGUGUAGUUUACUUUUGAGUCAACAUGUGUAGGACUGCAUUACCAGGGGAAAAACCUGCUUUCCACCUAUGGUUAUAUACUGUAGUUAUCAGAGGACUAGCUGGAUUGCAGUGCAAGCAUCGAAAAGUAUUCUAGCACCACAAAGACUAGCACACUUACAUAAUUUUUCGUAGACCAGAAUCUACUACGUGAUUAGAUAUCUGAGGCAUUAUCCUAAGCUGACAGGUAUAUCUGGUGGGGUUAGUUGCAAGCAGUGAAGUGAGAGAGAAAUGAAAUGCACACAUGAUCUACUAUGACAGUUAUGGUAAGGCAUGUAAAAUAGGUUCGGUGACAUCCAUUAUCUUGAUUCAAGCCACAGGUGAUAGAUUUAAACUUCCUUGAAUGUUGUAACUCAGCCAUUUCAUGCUGGGCUCCCCCUUUCCAGUUCCUUCGUGCAGCGAUAGCCGUUUGUCAACAGUGUCCUGGGAGGUUUAAAUAUAUUUCCAUUAGUUUUUGAAAAUUCUGGUUUCAACUGCAUGUACAUUUGUUUGUUUGUUUACAAAAGUAUUUCUGUACAUCAUAAAAUAUCACGAUUAAAACAAUACAGAUAAUCAUUAAAUGAGUGGCUGAUCAAAAUAAAUAAUAUUAAAUGGCUGAAAAUUCCUGUCAGCGUAAUAAAGUAUUAGAGAGAUUCCUGAAAGUCCACAGUGAGGAAGAUGCCUGCAGAAUCUGUGCUGGAAGAGUGUUCCACAGCAUGUGACCAGCAAUACUAAAUUAGUGUCCAUUUAUUAUUAUGCCUUCUGUAGAACACAGAAGGGCUUUGCUGGUAUAGAUCACACUGAAAUACCAGCAGGUGAACAAGACCUUGAUGUUGUGGCUGACGCAUUUAGGUUCUGUGAUUAGGGCACAGAGUUGACAGCUGGGUUUGUUGUAGGGUCUGAACUCAAAUCUUCAGAUUUUUACAUUAUGAGAAAAGCAGAGUGGGGGAAGGAGUAUCUCCUCUUUUCUUCCCUUUGAGUAGGACCUCGGGAUGGGUUGACUUUUUCCUGUGCAAACCAGGCUAUUAUCAGAUUAUGCUUCGGAGAGCAGGAGACUAAUGUGGACUAGUAAAAAGCUUUAAUUAAUGUCAGGUUUGAAUGUUUCCCAUAUAGAAUUUCUAUGAUAAAGAUGUCAUGGAGGAUAGGGACCUAGAAACAGAUUAAGAGGAAAUGACAGGUUCGUCAUGAAUGGGUGUUGUGGGUGUUGUUCGGUAACUUGAAAACCAUACCUCCUUUACCUAUAUAAAGAUUCUGGGACACUGAGGUCCAGCAUUGAGGACCUUCUGGCAGUUCCCUCACUGCGUGAGGUGAGGUUACAGGGAACCAGGCAGAGGGCCUUCUCGGUAGUGGCACUUGCCCUGUGGAAUACCCUCCCAUCUGAUGUCAAGGCAAUAAGCAACUAUCUUACUUUUAAAAGACAUCUGAAGGCAGCCCUGUUUAGGGAAGUUUUUAAUGUUUAACGCUGUACUGUGUUUUUAGUAUUCGGUUGGGAGCCGCCCAGAGUGGCUAGGGAAACCCAGCCAGAUGGGCGGGGUGUAAAUAAUAAAUUUUUAUUAUUAGUUUGCAGGAUGACAGUGAAAAUUUUUGCAAACUGCGUAUUCUUCGUGAAAGUGAAAAAAUUAUCCGUUCUGGAAAAGAGCAGACUGAAUGGCUGCAUUAAAGAAAACGGUGGGCAGAUUAAAUUUGUUUUAAAUCAUGAGGUAAGUUUUAAAUGGUUAGUUCUUUGUUGUAAACAGAGGUGUAAAGCAAUGUAGCACUUUAUGCUCUGGCUGCAACUGCGUUAUUGAAGGGAUCUUAUUGAUCAUUAUUGAUGCUAUUAUUGAUGAUCAUUAUUGAUGGGAUCUUAUAUAUUUUGCUUAUAUGUGGCCUUAGGAGGAUAUGUGCCUCAACGGGGGGCCAGGGAGGGGAUUCUGAGGAUGUCUCUAUUACUUGGGUUUGGUAUGACACCGAGUAAUGGCCUUGGUAGGUAGUGUAGUGACUGUUGCCUCAAGAUUCUUUUUGUGUGUAGACCCACAAUAUGUUCCUUAGUAUGAACAGUUCAUUUUCUAAACUGAACCCCUCAUUACAUUUUAGUGUACUCACAUAGUCACUGACGACGCUAACGCACUCAGCUCCAUUCAUCUGAAAGCCGUCAAGAAAUAUCAGCUGCCCAUUGUAGGUGCUGAUUUCAUAUGGAACUCAGUUAAAGAAAGAAGACUUUUACAGGCUGAUGACUACGAAGCCCAGCAGUCAUGGAGGGAAAAUUCUCAUGGACUAGAGUCCUCCUCAGAAGAUGAGUUGCUGUCAGAUCACUCCUCUGGAGGUAGAGCAUUUUGAAGUCUAUUAAACUAGAAUAAGAUUGUGUAAAUUUGUUUCUGUUUGCUCAACUUAUUCACAUUGCCAAAAAAAGGAUUUUGGGUUGCAGAAUUUCUGUACUAGUAAAUAGAAAGCUGAAGCUGGGCAGGGGCCAUAGCUCAGUGUAAGAGUGCAUGUUUUAUGUGUAAAAGGUCUCAAGUUCCAUCACUGGCAUUUCCAGGUAAGGCUAGAAUGAUUGGAGGGUGGCAACAUGAGAACGGGCCUUCUCUGCAGUGGCUCCCUGUCUGUGGAAUGGUCUCCCCAGGGAAGUUCACCUGGCACCUUCAUUAUGCACCUUUAGGCACCAGGCAAAAAUGUUCCUUUUUAACCAGGCCUUUAGUAGAUUUGAUUUAAAUCCUAUGCCCUUUUAAAAUGUGUUUUUUUUGGGGGGGCUAUUGGGUUGUUGUUUUUAUUUUUAUUGGGUGUUUUGUGGUUUUAUAUCUUGAUUUUAUUCCGUGAACCUCCCUGAGACCUCCGGGUAUAGGGCGGUAUAUAUAUUCAAUAGAUAAUAAUAGUAAUCCUAGAGAGUCAUUCAGUAUAAGCAACACUGAGCUUGAUGGAAUAGGGAAGUACCUUGAUGUCAGGCUGUUUUCUUUCUUCCUAAGAGUACCCUGAUAACAAUUAGGCACCAGGCAGAAACAUUCCUCUCCUCCCAGGCCUUUAGCUAAUUCUGUAAUAUAUGGCCUGUUGAACUGUGUGUGUGUGGAUAAUGCUUCUCUUUGUUAUUACAUUAUGUAUUUUUGUGUUUUUAUACAGGCGGUGACCAUUUUGCGCAGGGUUCUGUUUCCGGUCCCCAUGCGCAGUGGAGUGCGCAUAAGCCUGCUCCGCCCUGCCCUCUUCCACCUCCAGUCUGGCUGACCCCUGUUCUGCCCUGCCCCACUUCUGCCCCUGUUCUGCCAUCUUCUGGGUCCAAAAGGACCCAGGCAUCAGCAGCCACACAUCAAUUGGACACACGCAAAAUGGCCGCCGCUUGUAUUUUAAACCGCCCUGUCAUUCCUGGAUGAAGGACAGUAUAGAAAUUUAAUAAAAUAAAUAUUUAAUAUCUCUAGUGACAAUAGGCUCAAACACAAUACAGAUGAAAAGCCAAGGAAAUAAGAAAGUGGUCUAAUCUUUUCCUUUGUUUGUGAAGUGGCAUGGACAGCUGUUGUGUCUCGUUGGAGGGCAGAAGGGAGAGAGUAGGUUUACUGCAAAUGGCAGGAUCUGUCUACUGUUGCUGGAAGAUAAUGUGUAUUGACAGUGGUUGAGGGAAAAUGGCAGCCCACAUCUGGUUAAACCCUAAAAUUAGAUGGGAUCUGAGCUGUGUGUUGGUGCCUGGGAUCAAACCAAGCAGCUUGCUGUCUAAAGGGUGGUUUGGUGGGCUGAAGCAAAGCAAAAUCAUCCCUCACCGAAAACUGCCUUUCAAAUUCUUACUAUCUUUCUUGAUUUUUGAGAUUUAUUCGUUGUGGUUCAUAUACAUGAAUGCUAAUUGAAAAAGCAGCUGGUGGGAUAAGGGAAAUAACUACUGUCUUAAUAAAUAGUUUACGGAGAUGACCACCUAGAAAAGAGGACUCCUGGAAAGAAUGAAUGGAACAGCAGCAAGGCCCAUGACAACAGCAAUGUGGGUGAACUGAGGUAAUUUUCUCGGCUUCUCUGGCUUCUAUUUUUCUCACUUAAAGAAGAACAGACGUUCUCUCCCUUUGGAAAGGGAUUCAGCACUCAGGGGUAGAGCAAAUGCUUUGGAGGGAGAACUUCCAAGGUUCCCUACAGCUGCUCUGUUAUUAGAACUGGCAGGAUCAAACAGGUUUGUGACUGGCCCAAGAUCACCUCCUGAGCUUCAUGGCUGAGUUGGGAUUUUAAUCCUGGUCCUAGUUAAACACUUUAACCCCGACACUACUCAGUAUUAAGAUACUUUUCAUAUGGAACCCUUGGCAUAUUUAAAUAAGCAAGCAAAAUGCAAAAAGAAACCUGCCUUUGUUUGUUAGCACUUUUAAGCAAAAUAAAACUCAAUCACACUCUUGUUCCUAUGCAAGCCUUCACCACUGACUUUUGAAAGAGUUCAGAAGUCUUAUAUGUUUCCAUUAGGUGGCUGACUUUAAUAUUGUAGGCUUACAGUUUACUCAGAAGGGAAUCCUGGUGGGAUGGACUGCAGCCUCAGUUGCAUUCAGUAAUAAAGAGUCUGGUGUUGCUGUUUUUUUUAUUGGUUCCAGAUCAAAUAAUGAUGAAAAUGUUCCUUAUUUCCCUGAAGGCUUUGUGGUUGCAAAGUAUGAUGUCCUUGAACAGGUAAGAACUUCAAUAUUGCUGAUGGUGUUAAAUGGCUUUUGUAUGACUUUUUAAUUAUUUUGUGAAGCUAUGCUGCUUUGGUUAGUUUAGUCAGGUUAAAAACUGAAUCAAAUAAAUGAGUCUGAUAAUGCCUACCAAAUAGAAAUGCACUUAAACACCUUUUCCCCCGCCCCAGGUUACGGCACCUGGCAGGUAUGUGGUGGUUGAACUUCAGUGCUCUCAGCAGCACUGUGAUUAUCCUUUCCGCAUAAGCGCACGCUACAGUCAGUUGGAAGGGAAAGAGGUAAGUUGGGGUGGUUGUUAUGAUCAUGCAUUAGUUUCUUUCUCUGAUGUUGUGAAUGCUCUUGAAUGAGAGAGGUUUCGUACGUUGUGUUAUGCUCUUGCUUAAUUUUCUGGAUUUUCUUUUCCCCCUUCUUUUGUUUUAAGUAAUAGUAGUAGUAAUAAUAAUAAUAAUAAAUGUUAAUUUUAUUUUAUUCUGGGUGGCUUCCAAAGUAUAUAAAAGCACUAAUAAAACAUUGCACAUUAAAAAGCUUCCCUGUACAGGGCUGCCUUCAGAUGUCUUCUAAAGGUUAUAUAGUAACUCAUCUCCUUGACAACUGAUGGGAGGAUGUUCCACAGGGUGGGUGCUACUACUGAGAAGGCCCCCUCUGAACUGAUUUCCCUGUGGGUUCACUUCUCACAGUGAGAGAACUGCUAGAAGGGAACUGCCAAAUCUCUGUGUCCCGGUUGAAUGAUGAGGUUGGAGGCGCUCCUUCAGGUAUACAGGGCCGAGGUCGUUCAGCACCAACAGUUUGAAUUGUGCUAGGAAAUGUCGCCUUAUACCAAGUCAGAUCAUUGGCCUGUCCGACACUGUAUUGUCCACACUGACUGGCAAUGGGUCUCCAGGAUUUCGCACGAGGGACAUUUCCAGUCAUGAGCAUAAGCCUGUCUAGCAGCCGAUAGGGCCACCUUUUCUACCCUGUGACCUAAGAACUGUCGCAGAACAAUUCCCAGGGUUCGCUGCUUGCAGUCACAUUUGGAGCAGGUUUGUGUGUCUUCUCAAACCCACAGCUGGAUGCCUCACAGCACAAGGAAAACUAGAAUUUAAGUUUGUCUCAAUGCCAGGAUAAUUUAUGAGAAAUGUCUCUCUUUUUGUGAUUCUCUUCCCCCCUCCCCUUAAAAAAUAAUAAUACUUGAAUUGGGACACUCUUUUGUUCUCAGUUCAAGAAACGAUUUCUACCAGCAAGGACUUCUGAAGAGGCUAGAAUGGUCUAUGAGCUUUGUACUGCAAAUCUGAAAAAUGAGAAUUACCAGUUCAAAGAAGAUUUCCCCCAUGAAGUGGAAUAUCUAGCUUCAGAAAAGCUGCAAGAGGUUAGUGUAAUUUUUUUAAGGAUUCAGUUUUCUGUGUUUUUAGCAGUUCUGUAAGUCGCCUUGAGUCCCAUCAUGGAAAAAGGCACAGUAUAAAUAAAUAUAUAAGAAGAAGAACAACAACAACACAAAGUCAGAUUCUGAUUUGCUUCCCCCCUGAUGUGGCAAAAUCACAUGAGGGGAAGGAGCCAAACAGGCCCUUAAGAGCAGCAUGCAUCAGUAUGGCAAUCAUUCAUUCUAAACCAAAAGUUAUUGAUAGUUAAGGUUUAAUGUGGCAUAUGAAUGUGGUUAAUUCAUAGAAUCAUAGGCUUGGCUGCUUCUAUUCCUAUUUUUAAAAAUAUUAAUGCCAUUCUGAAGAGAAAUGUCAGUUAUUGAAAUUCACGACAUGUUCUCUGUUAGCUCUGUUUUUAAACCGCUAUUUACCAUUGAGCACUUUUGGGUGGACUGAUCACAGUGGUAUGUUUGCAGGUGCUUAUAGCAGAAGCCACAAAUUCCAGCUCUUUGCCUGAAACAGUCAGCAAGUUUGUGGAACUGAUCUGGAUUGAAGCACUUGGACACCUGACUCCGCUGCUGGCUAAACCAGUAACCGAACUCAGCCUCAACGAUGUAAGGCAAUCCCACUUGCAGACAUUGGCUCACUGAGAGCCUUUAAUUCCCUCGAACGCCAACAGAAAUACAAUGCCAGGCAAAUGCACUUUCUGUUUCUGGAUUGUGACAGCCAGUGUUGCUGUGAUAGGUUUGUCAUUAAACGUGUGAAUGGUUUAUUUCUAUGAAGGCAAGGGACGCACCUCUCUCUCUUUCCUUUCUGUUCUGGCUACAGCCUCCGUAAGUGCAUGUCCUGCUAUGUGGAAGUAAUUCUCUUGUGGUGGAAUCCCUUGUAGCUGUGCCCCCCCCCCCCAAUCCUGCAAACUGUAGUGUAACCCCCACCAAGCUACAGUUCUCAGUACCCUUAAUAAACUACAAUUCCCGGGAUUCUUUGAGGCAGGCAGGAAUGUGCUCUAAAUAUAUGGGAUGUAUAUGCACCCUUAGCCCUCCUUGUCUGUCUCUCUUCACAUUUGUCUGAGUCUUUAAAAAAAAAAAGAAGGCAAGAAAGAAAAUAACACAUUUUUAUACCACAUUUUCUUAAAAGGUGAGCAGAGCAGAAGGUAUUUUGCUCCGAGCAAGGAAGGCACUGGAUGAAUUGGAAUCUCCGAAAGAGAAAAUGGAGAUAAUGUCAGAGUUUUAUAAAAUCAUACCUCACAAAAUUAUGGAUUAUGAUGUAACCAGAAAGUUGUUAUCUACCAAGCACAGUCUCUGUCAGGUAACGUUGUUGAAUCUGACCUUUGCUUUCAGUGUAUCCUAUGUAUAACCAGAGUUCGAGUGUGUUGUGCUCAGGUGGGGAACCUGUAGCCCUUCAGAUGUUUGUUUAAUUGCAUUAUUUCAAAAAUGUAUGUACUGCUUAAUUACAGUUGUCUCUAAGAGGUGCACGGAUGACUCAGCAAAAUUAAAAAUGUGGUAAAACUAUAAAAUUUAUUUUAAAAGCCUGAUGGAAUAAAUUUUACCCCUCAAAUGAGCAGAAAAUAUGAUUCUAUCCUCUUUGAACAAUAGAGAGUUCUUAUGCUCCAGAAUUCCUGUGGGCUUUGGUCCAGAACACAGAUUUGAAAGUAUUUGCCAAGAGGGAAAACAUUUAUGUCAUCAUAAUGGUAUUUGUCUGGUGCUCCUUUGAGCAUUUCUUGGAGGGUCCUGUUGGCUUGUAAUAAUAAUAUUUUUUUUUUACACCCUGCCCAUCUGACUGGAUUUCCCCAGCCACUCUGGGCAGCUUACAUCAUAUAUGAAAACGUGUGUACAUCACACAGAAACAGUUCUGGCACUAUAUUUGUUCCCCAAGCAUCAUUUGGGGGAAGCCUAGUACAAAUUUGCAGCAAAAAAACCUUGCCACAUGAGUUCCAUGAUCCCAUCCCAUAUAUUCAAUCUUAUGAGUCACAAAAUGAAAAUUUCUAUUUUAAUUAUGAAAUUUACAUUUCUGAAAUUUGCUCCGUGUUGUCACUGGGGAUUUUCUCAGUUGAAGAAGAGUCCUAUGAAGCUUGCUGACUAUUUUGUGGGUGUUUGGUUGUUCAGUUCAUGAUUUGGUUUUUUUCCACCCCCAAAUGCAGAAGUCGACAAGUUUGACAGGUGGCCUCUUUUGCCCACAGGGAUCUUCUGAAGCCCCUUUCAAAGUGUUGUCUUGCUCAGCACUUUGGGGAAGGGCUUUGCAGGUAUUGCUGAUUGGUGGUGUCUAUAAGUUGCCUCCAAGUUUUGACUUGAGUUCAUUAGCCCUGAGUGUCAGAGGUGCCCAAUCCCUGGUCUUAACAGAUUUAAAAAAUAUUAUUUGUUGCAUAUAUUUCCUCUGAGGUAAGCUGCUCUUGGGCCUACAGACAAUGAGCAGAAUGUAAAUUAUAAUAAACAAAUAAAAGCUUUGUUUUGGAAAUACAAACACUGAAUGAUGCUAUAUUAUUUUUUUAUAGCUAAUCAGGGACAUGCUGAAUGUUCAUGAAACAAACAUGUCAAUUCCUAACCCACCGUCCCUUUCCAAGUACCGAGCUCUGAGAUGCAGGAUAUGUCCUGUCUUUGGAGAAGAGUUUCAGGAUAUUGAAGAAAAGAUGGACCAGUAUACUGGGUGAGUUUCAGUUGUGAUGUGUAAUUUCUGGGUUAUACUACCCAGAUUCAGUAAUCAUUUUUUAAUGCCGUAAUAUGAUUUUGAAGGACCUCAAAGAAUCUUUUCUUAAACACUGACAUAGGUGGUAGAUUCAAAACAUUUAUAAAAACCCAUGUUAAUAGGAAAACACACUUACUCUAAGAGCCUGGCUUCAAAGGCCUCUGCGUUUAACUUCAGAGAAAAGGUCUGUUCACACUAAACUUCACUAAAUUUGUAUAGAACUCUAAGACAUGGUUUACAACAAACCGUGAGUCAUCUCACAGGCAUGCAAACAAGCGAUGUCUUGGUGCCCCCCUAAAACAUAGUUAAUCAGCCAAACCAUAGUUAAAACAAACCAUCAUUCAUUAAACCAUCAACAAACUGGAUUAGUACAUUCAAACAAAUCAAGCUUUGACUAAUAAACCGUGGAUUACUGUUUGUGUGAACCAGACCACCGUGGAGAUCAUUGGACUACUGGAAACAAAUACAGACAGACAGAAACACACAAACAUUCUGGGUGAGAACUAUUGCUCUACGAAAUCUUGUGAGACAUGAAAUAUGUAACAUGUAUAAAUCACAUAUUCCUCUAAGGAGAACCUUGGGCAUAUUCAAUGCAUGUGGCAAAAUGUUCAAUCUCAUUUAGUGACUCUGUGGCCAGAAUAAAUCUGGGGGCAUAACCUGGGGGGGAAAAUGCAUUUUGUGAACAUUCUAUUCGUUUUAAAUUUUCUUGCAGUGAACAUCCCGUAGAAGUUUUGGAGAUCUAUAGAGUAGGCAGAAUGAUGGAAGUAGCGGCUUUCGAGAGCCACCUUGGCAAUGUCCAGUCUUUAUACCAUGCUUCGUCUGUUCACAACUUCGUUGGAAUCCUCUCCCGGUAACGACUUGCGCCAUGGUCUGUCUCAGCUUUGCAGGUGGUUUUCUGCUGCGCAUGAGAGGCGAGAAGGCAACAGAGUCAUUCGGCCAAAGGCUCGGUUAUCUUUCAAUAACAAUGGCCGCAUUUGGACAGUCCAGUUCUACCUUAACGUCAGGAUAUGCACAAAUCGCAUGCACCCACACGCACACCCUUGUUACUGCUUCCUCUUCUGUUUGUGCAGGCUGUGAAGCAAACCCAAAAGCUUCCCAUUAAUGUCCAAAGAGGGAAGUGUGGUUUACUGACACCCCUGUGCAGGCAAUGUGUGUCUGCAAGCUGUAAGCGGGAAAGUUUGGUGGAGUGGGGCAGCUCAUCUCUCUACAGUCCUCAUCCAUUGAUGGUGAAGAAUGAGGGAGAUAACUAGACUCCACACAACCUGGGCUCCUUUGUGUCUGUUUAUCCCUUCCCCCUUCCCUUUCCCAAUAUUGAUACACAUAUUAUUAGUGUAGAAAAACUGUGUGUCAGUAUGUCAAGGUGCUUUACCUCAGAGGUGGGGAACCUGAGGCCUAGGGGCUGAGUGCAGCUUUCCAGUUCUCUGUCUCUCUAGCCCUUGCAACUUUCUCCAGGCCGCAUCCCUCCUCACUGAGCCAAACUCCUCACCAUCCCUUCUCUGCACCCUCCUGCUUUUGCCUUGCCAGAUUGUGUCCUUGCACUGUGGCAAUGCCUCUUGCUUGCCCGGACAGAGGAUGGAGAAAUUUGGGUAUGUGCUUAGAAACCUCCCGGUUUUUGCAUGGCUCGAAUACAUACAAGAGCUCUGUUGUCUUUUGCCUCUGGCCUUCCUGCCACUGCCUUGUGGCCUAUGAGGGAAUGCGUCCCUCGAGCGAAAAAGAAAGAUUCUCCACCUUUACUGUGUAAAUCUUCUGCUUUUCUAGGGGACUGCUCUUGCCAAAGAUUGUCGUUGAAGAGCAUGGCGUGGAAAGAACUGAUUGUGGUCACUUGGGCAGCGGCAUCUAUUUCAGCGACUCCAUAAGGUCUGCAGUUCUUUGGCAGUAAUAACAAUUGAGAUCUUAUCAUGCCUUGCCUGGUGGGGAGUGCUAUGUGUGUUGCUCCUGUUGUUGUUAUUACUAUUAAUUAAUUAAAUUUGAAUACCGCCCUUCACCCGAGGAUCACAGGGCAGUUCACAACAUAAAAAUACAAAAUGAGAACACAGAAUACAUAACAAAACAAGCACAAACCAAUAACAAACACAUUUAAAAGGGCAUAGAAUAUUAAUCAGCCAAUGGCCCUUGUUGAAGAGAAACAUUUUCAUUUCUCCUAAAGACAUGUAAUGAAGGCGCCAGGUGAUUUUCCCUGAGGAGACCAUUCCGCAAAUGGGGAGCUCCCCCAGAAAAGGCCCGUCCUCAUGAUACCACCCUCUGGACCUCUUGCUUCUGAGUAAACUUAAGUGCCACUUCACAUGCUUUUCCCCACAGAGAUAUCCCUUUUGAGAACCAGAGUGGAGUAUUGGACUUGGGCUGCAUACAUAGCAAACAUUGAAAGCACAUGAUUUCCCCUAGAGAUUCCUGGGAACUGUAGUUUGCUAAGGGUGCUGGGAAUUGCAGCUCUGUGAGGGGCAGCGUGAGACCAGUGACAUUAAAUUUGCGUCCAUUAUUUUGCCUUAUGUGGAAUGCAGAAUGGCAUAUGUACCACACUGGAAGGUUCGUUGAUGAGUGAACCCUUGAUGUUGUGACUAGCACUAUAAAGUCCUGCAGAUGAGUUGGCAUUUGGGUUUGUUGUAGGGUCUGGACCAUAAUAAACAUAGGCUACAUACACAUCAUACACUUAAAGCAUGUGUCUUCCACAAAGAAUCCUGGGGACUGUAGUUCGUCAAAAGUGCUGGGAAUUCUAGCUCUGUGAGGGGUAAACUAGGGUUCCCAGGAUUAUUUGGUGAAAGUUAUGUGCUUUAAAUGCUUGGUAUGUGUGCAUUUUUGGGCUGAAGUGGCAAGAGCCACAAACCUUGCAUGCCUUUUUCUGUUGGUUAAACUCAAGCAAGUACUUAAAAUAUUUGUCCGAGUAUAACCAACGAGCUUCUUCUUCUUUGUUUAACAGUGCAUGCAUCAACUACUCUUGGCCAAACAGAACAGAUGGAACCCGGUUACUGCUGAUUUGCGAUGUAGCCCUUGGAAAGUGUUUUGAAACAGGUCACAUGGACAGUUCGUUAACCGCAGCACCGGCAGGCUAUGACAGCGUGCAUGGACUUGCCAGGAAAAAGGGGAAACUGAGAAAGGGAAGAGACUUCAAGGUACUGGUUCGAGCUAUGUUGUGGUGUUGCCCACUGUUGUCUUUUAAAGGCAUAAUAUGCCUUGAUAAGCUAUGCCUCUGAAAAUAUUUAUUGUUUAUUGAUUUAGAGCACUUGUGCCCUGCUCUUCAGCCAAAAAGGCUCCCUGAGCAGCUUACAUGCAAUCAAAACGAGACAGUGUGUACCAACUAUCUAAAAGAAAAAGAGGGGGGAAAAACACGACACAAAAGGGAAGAGGGACUGGGAGGGAAGAGGAAAAUCAAAAUCACAACUAAAGCACACCAGUUUCUAAACAUCCCUGACAUAAACCCUCCAGCCCAAGGGGUCGUAUUCGAUGUAAUCCCUACUCAGAGUAGACCCACUGAAAUAAAUAGACACAACCAUCUGAGAGCCAUUAAUUUUAACAGGUAGAUUUUGAGUAGAAUGCAGUUGGAUACAACCCUAGGCCUCAGCUCUGUGUCUUGUACAUACCUCUCCACGAUCCACCUUACCACCUAAGUCUGUUGCCUUUUUUGUAUGUUCCUCAGUGACUUGUAAGUGGCUGCUGUGGAACUUUCUCUAGCUAAAUUGACCUUUUGCCGCUGCCUGCUUUCAAAAGCUUCCUAAGUGAGGAGGCGACGUAUCGGCUUUGCUCACUAAUGCAUCAGUUGCUCUUGUAAAGCUCUUAACGUUUACUUCUUGUUUCCUUUUGUUUUCAUAAGGAUGACGAAUUUGUGGUGUACAGAGCUAGUCAGGUCAAAAUAAAAUAUGUGGUUAAGUUUUCCCUCGCCGGUGACAAAGUGAAGGAGUUCCAUCCUGAGAUUCAGGAUGUGCUGCCUUCCCUAGAGCAUCAGCCACAGCCCGAAGGUGAGAAAUUCUUACCUAAAAUUGUCUGUUUCUUUGGUGUAUUCUGCAAUUGGAGUUUGAUAUUGAAGCCUAACCCAUUUCCUUGGUGUGGAGCUAUAAAGAUUAUGCCAAGGAAAACCCAUGAAAGAAUGAGGAGGCCAAGGUGACUCCUGUUCCCUUCAUAAGAUCACAUCUUUUAUUCCCAUACAGAUCCUACCUAUGCUCUACUUUUCUUUUCUCUGUUCCAUAUUUCAAAAAGUGAAAAUCCAGACACAAAAGUUGUGCCCCAGUUUUUGUGUAAACACCCAAGCCAUAGGAUUGCUUAUCCCAUGGGCUUUUGGUCUGAUCUAGCAGGAAUUGUUAAUGCUUUUAUUCUCUUUCUCCAUUUUUAUUACAUGAAUACAGGUGCAUAUGAGCAUAUUUAGUUUCUCUGUUACUUCUUUCCUUGCUUUUAGGUAGCAGAACUAACAUUUGCCAUCAAGGCCAGGCAAGAUAGUUGCUUACAGAGAGUUUUUUGUUUUCCUUUUUUUUUACACUUUUAAUGCUGAAAAUUACUCUGAACCUUUACAAUAAAGGGGGUUUGCCUUCAAUAAAUCAUCUCUCUCCCCCACCCAACCCUGCCUCUUAAUAUUUCUUUAGAUUAUCAAAUGCCAAGUAAAAAUCUGCUGAAUAAUGUGACUGCUGGUCUUCUGGACAGAUCUGGAAACCCAAUUCCUCUCAAAGGUCUUCAUAUCAAGGGACGAAUAGUAGACUUCGUAGCAGAGGUAAUGCCAAGGCAUUCAUAUUUCUUUUCUAGGGAUGUUAAAUAUUUCCUUGUGGGUUUUUAUUUUAUGUUUAUUUAUUUAUUUAUUUUUACAAAGUGUAAAACAAAUCUGUAGACAAAUCCUAGCCCUGAUUAACAUUGCUUUUAAAUAUUCAGUGAGUUAAGUGUGUUAUAUCAGCAGACUCUCAAUUUUUUAAUUAAAACUUUGAUUUUUUUCAGGGGACAGUAGGGGCAACACAAAUACCUUUAUUUGUUUCUUUGUUUAUGUGUCUCUUCCUACACACCAUACCUAAGGUGCUGAAGCAACUAAAAAUCUGGUGGGAAUCAAUAAGUAGUGGGCCUUCUGGAUGUCAAAGAAAUAAUGAAACCCUCAAUACUGACUAGGAUGCUGCCAUUAAGGCUGUGUACACACUAUACCUUUAAAGCACAUUUGAAGCACAUUCUUUCCCUCAAAGAAUUCUGGGUACUGUAGUUCAUUAAGGGUUGCUGGGAACUGUAACUCUAUGAGGGGUGAACUACAGUGUCCAGAAUUAUUUGGGGGAAAUAAUGUAUCUUGAAUGUUCUUCAAAGGUAUAGCACAUUUAAACGGUGUUUCUGUGCACUCUGGCUUCCAUCACGGAGUUCUAUUGCACCAGAAGCAGUUUAGUCAUGUUGGCCACAUGACCCAGAAAGCUGUCUGUGGACAAAUGCCGGCUCCCUUGGCCUGAAUAGUGAGAUGAGUACCGUACCCCAUAGUCAAAUUUGACUGGACUUAACCGUCCAGGGAUCCUUUACCUUUUUACUUUUUAUAUCAGCAAAGGAAGCAGACAACAUUUUGAGUUUGUAGAAAGGCUGAGAAAGACAGCAGAACCACGUUUGAGCUCUUUGGGUAUUAAAUAUUUCCCAGUGGACUUUGAUUGCUGUUGGAGUGUUUUAAGUGUUGCCUCUAUGUCUGCUCAACUUGUAUAUUUGUAAAUAAAUACAAAUACUGUAUUGCAAAACAUCAAUAAUCUCCCAAUGACCUCCUCCUAAAGGGAACCAAACCUGGGUAUGUGCUGCAUACCUGGAACUCAGAAAAGUGGAAAGUGUCAAUCACUUCUCCUACCUGGGCAGUUAUCUUUUCACAAGGGCUGACAUGGAUGCUGAAAUCCAGCACUACCUGAACUCUGCGAGUGCAGCGUUCUUCCGAUUGAAGCACAGAGUGUUUGAGGACCAGGACAUUUGCAGGGAAACCAGAAUGCUUGUUUACAAUCUAUUGUACUACCAACCUUACUGUAUGCUUCUGAAACGUGGACCACUUAUAAACGCCAUCUCCAACUCCUUGAAAGAUUCCAUCGAUGGUGUCUCAAAAAAAAUUAACAUAUCACUUGGGAAGACAGGUGAACUAAUGCCAGUGUACUGGAAGAAGCAAAGAUCACCAGUAUCAAAGCAAUGUUUCUUCAACAUCAACUUCAUUUGACUGGUCAUGUUGUUUGGAUGCCUGAUUAUCAUCCUCCAAAGUAACUAUUCUGAACUUAAAAAUGGAAAGUGUAAUUCUGGUGGUCAACAAAACAAAUUUAAAGAUUCUCUCAAGGUAAAUCUUUAAAAAUGUAAUAUAAACACUGACAAUUGGGAAACACUGGUCUGUGAGCACUCCGGUUGGAGAACAGUCUUUACCAAAGGUGUCAUGGACUUUGAAGAUGCUUGAACUCGGGACGAAAGGGAGAAACGUGCUAAGAGGAAGGCACGUUUGGCAAACCCUCACCAUGAUCAACUCCCACCCGGAAACCUAUGUCCCCACUGUGGAAGGACAUGUGCAUGUGGAUCCAGAAUUGGCCUCUAUAGUUACUUAGAGACUCACUGUUAAGACCGUGUUCAUGGAAGACGAUCUUACUCGGCUACGAGUGAUCGCCGAAGAAGAAGAAGCACAUGAAACAUUUUCCAGAGGGUGUUAUUUAAAAUAUUAAUCUUGGGAAGGAAAGUGCUUCCAUAAAAAAUGUUUUUAUUGGGAUCCAUGGCCUGGUGUUUACCUCAUAUCUAUCCGCAAUACAUGCAUGUAUUUCUUUCAGGUUGUGGUGUUCCAGGUCUAUGAAAAUCAAUCAGACAGCCCCAUUGAAGCAAAAUACGUAUUUCCUUUGGACGACACAGCCGCUGUAUGUGGAUUUGAGGCUUUCAUUAAAGGGAAGCAUAUAAUAGGAAAGGUAAGAUGAUUCAGGGACAGGAAGAAGACACAAAAUAUGUGACGGUGGGACUGCAGUAAAUGUGACUUUUUGAAAGAACCUAUUUUUUAAAAAAAAUCAGGAUGAUUUAUUAUAUAAUUUCAACAGGUUAAGGAAAAGGAGAAGGCACACAGAGAAUACAGAGAAGCCAUCAGUCAAGGACAUGGAGCUUACUUGAUGGAUCAAGAUGCACCGGUAGGUGUAGUAACAAAAACUACUUAUGCCUUUAUGAGAGAUCAGCAUACACUGGCCUUCGUUUGUUUUACUGAUGAAACCAAGCAAGGUGCUCUGGCUUGAAAGCUGUACCCUGCAUAUGAAAAAUGUUCUGAACGUAUGUAUACAGAUAAGGCUCUACAACCCCAGAACCAAAUGUAUCCUAUAGCAGGUAUCUCGCACAUACACACCUGUCAAUCAGCAGGUGAAGGUGGAGGAGACUGGCACCGUAGCAAACUUUGUUUUUUUACUCCACUUCGGGCUUAGUUUAUUAUUUGAUCCUGACUUGAUUUUUAGGAUGUAAUUUAAUUAUUGUUUGAUUUUAUACCAAUGUUAUAUAUUUGAUGUUAGCCUCCCUGAGCCCGGUUUCGGCCGGGGAGGGCUGGAUACAAAUAAAUGUUUAUUAUUAUUUAUUAUUAGCCACACCUCCUCUUGUACCCCUGCUUUCCCCCAGGGAAAGCUUAUUAUUCUUCUUAUUGUUUUUAUUAUUAAAAAUUUGUAUACCACCCUUCAGUCAUAGAUAGCAGAACAGCUCAUGACAUAAGAAUACAAUACAGUGGUACAUCGGGUUACAGACGCUUCAGGUUACAGAUGCUUCAGGUUAGACUCCACUAACCCAGAAAUAGUACCUCGGGUUAAGAACUUUACCUCAGGAUGAGAACAGAAAUCGCGUGGCGGCAGCGGGAGGCCCCAUUAGCUAAAGUGGUGCUUCAGGUUUAGAACAGUUUCAGGUUAAGAAUGAACAUCCGGAACGAAUUAAGUACUUAACCCGAGGUACCACUGUAUGUAUAAAAAAAUACAAAAUACAUCAUAACAAUGAGAACAAAAACGAACCAAGGAUCUCCCCUCUCACAACGCAUGUGAAAGGGGAAUGGAUCUCAAUCAGCCAAAGGCCUAGUUGAAGAGCAAACAGCUAUUUGGGUUUUCUCCAGAUUGGAAAAGGAGCAGAGCAAGGGGAAAACCACUCAGUCCCAUGCUUUCUAGGCAUGGAACAAGGGGAAGUGUGGUCAAGCCCUUCUAGCCAGCAAUUAUUUGUGGUUAUUGCCAACCACACUACCUUUCCCUCUUCCAUUAGCCCUGUGUGGCAUGAGGGAGACUCUCUCUCCCCAGUUGCUGGGUUCCCAGCAACACCUCCAGGGCCACAGACUAGUCUGGGACGUUUUCAGUAUGCUAUAAAAGAAAGCAGGCCAUGUCAUUGUUUUGUAAAUGGCAAUUUGUUUCUGUGUGCAUUUCAAAUAUCCUUCUGUAGGACAUCUUCACCGUUUCUGUGGGAAACUUGCCUCCUUCAACCAAAGUCCUCAUCAAAAUCACCUACAUCACGGAGCUCAGUUAUGAGAACGAAUGCCUUGCCUUCCACUUGCCGGCUGCUGUGGCGCCUUGGCAACAAGACAAAGCGCUGAAUGAGAACACACAGGUGAGGGCCUCUUUCCAUCAGAAGGAAGGAAAUCCUGCAUUAUAUAUAUAUUUUUUAGAAUAAUAUUUAUUAAUGGAAAUCCUGCAUUAUAAUGGUGUAAACACAAUUGUUGCCGUUCUCCACCAUUUCAUAUUUAAUUGCACCCAGUGCUGUUUUUCUGGAAAGAGAGGUGCUGGAAUUUGCCAUGAACGCCACUCUUAUAUAAUGGCUAUGGCACCCACCUAAUGGUGGGUUUCAGCCGGAAAAAGCCCUGAUUGCACCCAUACAGACCUCAUUGUUUUUGUUUGUUAACUAGGACUCAGUAAGGAAAGUUUCCAUUAGGCAAGUUGGAACGAAACCAGGGUAAGUAGACUAAAAUUGUAAUGUGUCCUUUAAAAGUUGUCUGUAUUUUAAAUAAAUGCAUGGGUUUUUUUCUUUAAAAAUCAAUAUUGCAGAAUGAAGCAUUUAUUUUUCCUCACUUGCAUUUGUUCUUCAUCACUUUCUGACAGUAAGAGCUAUUCAACAGUGGAACGGCCUCCCUCAGGAGGUUGGUGGCUCUCCUUCCUUGAAAAUUUUUAAGCAGAGGUCAGGUGGCCAUCUGUCAUGGAUGCUCUAGUUGAGAUUUGUGCAUUGCAGGGGGUUGGACUAGAUGACCCUUGAGGUCUUUUCCAACUCUACAAUUCUAUGGUUUUUAUAGCCAUGAAAAAACAGAUGUUCUGUGCUUUCUAAGCAAUUUCAUCAAUUUAUCUUUAAAUUAAGGUUACCAGAUUUUUUCCAAAGAAUGCGGGGACACUUUUUUUUUUUUGAAAAGAGAAAAAAAGUUAUUAAAUUAUUUUUUUUUAAAAAAUUUAAAGCAAGAAGUAAUAUCUUCUCUUCUGUGGUUUCCUCUGUCACACAGCCUUCCUCUGGGCCCCGGCCUGCUCUCUUGGAGCGCUAGCUGCCGUGGAGUAGACUCAGGUUGGGUCUGGGCUUAGCCACGUGUUCUUGCCCUCCCAGUGCUCUCCUGCCUCUCCUCCUCAGUGGCGGCAGCAGCAGCGGCGGCGCGGCAAGGUCGGGGCUCCCCUCUUUUUUCUCCUUCCUCUUUCUCUCUCUUCCUUCUUCUCCUCUCCUCCUUCUCUCUGCAUCGGCUCUGGGGUUUUCCUUGCCCCAGAGCGCCACUGGGCAGUGGCCGGGCACUCUCAUUCCCGGCUCGAUUUGGGUCACAAGGUGGGGGGUCAGUAGUUCCCCCCGUUGACACGCCCUGGUUCCCCCUUGGCAGUGGUGGCGGCAGUGGCAGUCUCAGCAGCCUGGAGCCAGCCUGGUAGCGCAGUUGGCUCUGGCUGGCUUCAGGAGCUGCUCGGUGCUGUGGCACCCGCCAUUUUGCCUCGCCAGAAGUCCCCAUAUGAUGUGUCUUGUGCCAUUGAACCAAUCAUGCAACAUUCAUUCCCUACAAAUAAAUCUACAACACUUAAAAUAUAAAUCCGGGGACAUCAAAUGAAAUCCGAAGACAUUCCAGGGACGGGGACAGAUUUGUAAAUCUGGGGACUGUCCCCAGGAAACGGGAACGUCUGGUAACCAUACUUUAAAUGGGGUAAAAAGACCUCUUCAGGGAAUAUAACAUGUGAGGAGGAGCUUUGGGGACAAGUGUGUUAGCUACUCUCUCUGACCCUGCUUCCCUCUGCAAGUUGAAGGGCGACUGUCCGAAAUGGACUGCCUGUUUCUGCUCCCCACUGUGGCAGAGCUUAUUCUAGCCUCAGACCCUCAUUUGCGGUUAUUUCCCCUCGUCUCCCAGCUGCCUCCAUUGCCCUAUCCCCUGCUGUGCAGAAGGGUCCCGGCCCUCUAGAGAUGGUUUUCCUGGAGAUUUGCAGUGAGGAGGAAUGGACAGAAAUCUUAUCUUCCAUUGUUGUUCUUGUUUAGUCGUUUAGUCGUGUCCGACUCUUCGUGACCCCAUGGACCAGAGCACGCCAGGCACUUCUGUCUUCCACUGUCUCCCGCAGCUUGGUCAGACUCAUGCUGGUAGCUUCGAGAACACUGUCCAACCAUCUCGUCCUCUGUUGUCCCCUUCUCCUUGUGCCCUCCAUCUUUCCCAACAUCAAGGUCUUUUCCAGGGAGUCUUCUCUUCUCAUGAGGUGGCCAAAGUAUUGGAGCCUCAGCUUCACGAUCUGUCCUUCCAGUGAGCACUCAGGGCUGAUUUCCUUAAGAAUGGAUGCGUUUGAUCUUCUUGCAGUCCAUGGGACUCUCAAGAGUCUCCUCCAGCACCAUAAUUCAAAAGCAUCAAUUCUUCAGCGAUCAGCCUUCUUUAUGGUCCAGCUCUCACUUCCAUAUACCAUAUACCUUCCAUAAACGUCCUUUACUUUCCAUUAAUAUACCUUAGGAUCCAAGUCAUAGUGAAAUAGCAUAUUUAUGUAUCAUCUACAAAGCUGUUUUUCUGCUAGGUGGAAGUUUGAUUAAUUAGCACUUUGAUUACAGUGAAAUCUAGUGAAUAUGAAAGAAAACAUGCUAUGUUGUUCCUUAUGGGAUAUUUGUGUGUGUGUGUGUGUGUGUGUGUGUGUGUGUAUCACACACCAAUCCUGACCUAUUAUAUAACAUAUGGUUUCUCUAUCUCAGUGGGUUCUCUUUGGAAAUGUCAGUUGAAAUGCCCUUUGAAAUUAAACACAUUAGCAGCUGGACACAUCAGCUUGAAAUAAAGGUAAGCAAAUCUCCCUGGUACAUCUGUUUUUCAGGACAGGGCAGUUCGUAAUUGGGGGUGGGGGUGGGGAAAAUAAGUGAGCUGAAUUGCACCUCCUGUUUUAAAAGGAACAAUCUAUAUUUGUGCAGAAGUCAAGCUUGCAACGUGGAAAUGUGGAUAGAGAGAUAGAGAGAGGCAGAUAUAAUUAUACCGUGCCUUUCUAGAUGUGCAGCUGUAAGGUGCUUUACAAAGGAAUCAUGAAUUAGACAACCGCUGCCACCCCACACUCCCAAACAUCACAAGUACAGUGGUACCUUGGUUUGCAUACGUCUUGGUCUGCAUAUGUUUUGGAUUACAAACACGUCAAACCCAGAAGUACGUGUCCUGGUUUGCAACCUUUUUUUGGAUUACAACCCAUUUUUUUGGAUUAUGAACAAAAAAAUUUUGGAGGCCCCAUUGGCGAAAGUGCGUGUGGCGUUUGCCCUCCUAUGUGUGUGACAUCAUACUGGGUUCAUAGGGAAAGGGUUAACUAAUUGUAAAAUGACUAACCAAUGGGAACCCAAAGGGCAGAGUUAACUGUGUAUAAAGUUUAAGCACAGAGAGGAGUUAGAGUUAGAGUGGUUGAGAAGACAGUCUGGAGUUACCGUAGACUAGAGAGGGAAGAUAAGUCUGUGGGUUGGGCUAUUCUGGUGUGAGAGAGUGAGAAAAUUUGUUAAGAGGAGUCAGUCAAACAGUUGAGAUAAUCAAUCAGAAGGUAUUAGGAAGGUAUAGGCCGGUAAAGAAACUAAAGUUAAGAUACUGACAGGAAUGUUAUCUGAGAAACCAUAAACUUGUUAAUGUUUGUAAAAUAAACUUGUUUUUUUGGUUCACUUUUAACAACUGACUGGACUCAGUGUUUUACCAGAGAGUAACUGGUUGGUGGCAGCGGGGAAGCGAGCACAGUGGUGGCACAGGGAUCAAUAGACCGUUAAACGUCCGGGGAUGUGGUUGCCACAGUGCACCUUGGGUUACAACCUGUUUUGGUUUACAAAUGGACCUUUGGAACGGUUUCUGGUUGUAAACCAAGGUACCACUGUACAUCAUAUUUUUUUGUGGGGGAGCUAAAUUGGGAGGGGACCUCUCAAAAGAUUAGGAUGCAAAUUAUUCAGGCCUUUUUGCAACAACAGAGUCUCCCCCCCCCCCUUCUCUCUACUCUCCCUUCCCACUUUCAGAACACUGACUGUAAAGCUGUGGUUCGGACUGUUGACAACAGUUUCUUGGACACCAGUGGCUUUGCAAUGGAAAUCCUUAUCGGUGAUGUUCAUUUGCCCAGAAUGUGGGUAGAAAAGCACCCGGGCAAUGAGACUGAGGUAACUCUUAUUUUAUUCUUUCUUUAAGAUAUUUUCGAUUGCAUCUUUGAAUGAAUCUUCCAGGGGCAGUUUACUUAUAGUACACUGAAAGAAAACAAUAAAAAUGUAACAGCUGUGAAAAUAAUAACUAAAGAAAACACCCAUUAGAGCAUCAUUAAAGAGAUCAGCAUCUGUUCUUAUAGAACAAACUAGACAUGAUGUUAAAUUUUCAUUUAAUGUGCAGAUUUCUUUUAAAAGCAAGCAGCAUUGGCAAAAGAGGGAAGCUGAUAAUUAACGGGCCCAGUUGGGAAUUUUCUCUCAGCUUUAGAAAAGGGCUUUUUCUCAAGACCGCAAUAGGUUUUUUUUUUUGGGGGGGAGGGUUAGAUUUCCUCUCCAUGCCUGCUUCUAACCCUGCAUGUUAUAAACAAAGAUCAGGCCCUGCACAGCCAAGCAGAUCAUAAAAUUGUAGAGAUGGAAGGGACCAUCUCUAGUCCAACCCCCCUUACAAUGCAGGAAUCUUUUUCCCAGCAUGGGGCUCGAACCUACAGCCCUGUUGGGGCCCACGUGCUACGGCCCAGCCCACGGGGGCUGACCCUGCUGCCAUCCUUGUUUAGGGUCCCACCUGGCGUUACAGCCACCAUUGGUUCAAGCCCUCCGCUCGGCGCAACUGCCAGUUAUGCCUUCCUUCUCCAGGUGUGCUUACCCUGCAGCAGUGCAGUACUCUCUCUUGGGUCCACUAAAUAAUCCUUCCUGAAGCAUCUUGUAUGCAUCUGGCCAGUUUACUUUUUUUAAAAAAUAUGAUGUUGUUCGUGGCACGCAAAGAAGACUGGCAGGUCCUUUGCCAGUUUCUGGAUCCCAGCAAAUACACAGGUUUGCUGACCUUUCCAACUUCUGGCUGUGCCUUUCUCUCUUGUUUUGGCAUUGUGGACAUUUGCCUGACACCCCUGGUGAACUAAGGCUUCGUCGCUGUUGCCCAUCUUUGUCCUUUUAGGCCUGCAUGCUUGUGUUUCAACCGGAGUUCGAAUCGGCACUUGACCCUCUAAGCACCAGCGGGGAAACCGUGAUCUGCCUCGAUUGCUCCAAUUCCAUGGGAGGUUCGACAUUCCAGCAAGCCAAGCAGAUUGCCCUCUAUGCUCUAGAGUUGUGUACUUUUACUACGAGAAAUAUAAGCGUUAUCAGAUUCGGCACAAGUAAGAAAAGAGCUCUUGAACUAUGACAUGUUUCUCUCUUUCUCUCUCUUUGUAUAUUUCACUCUCCAUGCAGUGUGUGAUUUUUGAACACCUUAAGGCUCAGGGCUGAUCUGUUGGCUUUAUGCAGACAUUUGCAAUUUGGAUUGAUGCUGUUGUCUAAAAUGCAUAUUAUUUCUUUCAUCGGGAGGCAUCCCUAAGUGGCUUAUUGUUUUAUUUAGCACCUUAAGGGUGCAAUCCCACCCUCUGCUCAGGGUUGGCACAAUGAUCAGGUCCAGAUCAGACCCAAUGACAGGAAUCCUGGGGCAGCUCAUCCCUCUUUUCUUCCUUUCCUGAUAAUUUCUCAUAUCAGGGCUUUCCACUGGCCCGGCAGCAGAAAUAGCCCAGCAAGCUGCCUCCUUGCAUUUUCGGCUGGCAGAGGGUCAGUGCCUGGCAGGAAGCCAACUCAGCCAGCAGAGCUUAGUGGAAGGACACCUCUGCACAGUGCACACUCCCACAGCCUGACAAAAAGGGACGAUGAUGUUGGAUUUCUCUGCCAGCAUGCUAUUUCUUUGCUAUACACCGCUUAACCUGGGAGUAAGCUUCGUUUAACCCAGUGAGACGUACUUUGGCAUAGAUUUGCAUAGGGUUCCACUGCAAAAAUACAGAACUUCCAUUAUUAAUAAAAUUCUGUGUUGUUCUGCUUUUCCUGUACAGGUUUUGAAGAAUUUCCUUUCAAUCCUAAACCCCACAUGGCGGAUCUUGCAGCUCUGAAAAACUUUAUUAUAGUAAGUGCAUAUGUUUUAGCAUAUUUUUAAUAUUCUGUUGGGAGCUGCCCAGAGUGGCUGGGGAAACCCAGCCAGAUGGGUGGGGUAUGAAUAAUUUAUUUAUUUAUUUAUUCCUUCCUUCCUUCCUUCCUUCCUUCCUUCAUUCAUUCCAUCUGUGCACUUAAGUCUUUUGUGGUCUGCCAAAUAUAAUAAUAAAGUGUUUCCCCUCAUGUAACAAGAUCUCCGUUGUUGGCUCUUAUCCGUUAGUUUCAUAUUCCUUCAUUCCCCACAUUUCAGUAUCACUCUUUUAUGGAUUAUGUUGAAUAAAAGCACAUUAAAAAAAAAUACACACAUGAAGCUUUUAAAAAUCCACAGGGUUCCCAGGCAGUUUCUCACCCCAAUACUGACCCAUUCCAGCUAGGCUUGGCUUCAGCCGGGUUAUGAAGCUCCCUUAUUUCUCUGCUGCUACAAGUCUCAGUAGACAGGUGGCAUGAUGGUGCAAAGCAGCUUCAUCUGAUUGUAUCUUCAGUGAAUAACAGUGUGCUCAUGUCUUUCAACACUGAGAAAAUUUAUUUGCACCCAAAUUACAGCAUGGUUUCCCACAAGUGAAAUGCGACCCUGAACUAAUACUGCAGCCACACACAAUAUCUGUGUGAUGGGUAAAACUUGAGUGGAGCAAUUGACCACCCAUAUCCGCACCUGAUUACUAGUUGGUUAAAAACAAGGGUCUAAAAUGACCCUUUCUGUGUAUAUAUAUAUAAAAAACAUGGACAAGAAAUACCCACAACAUAUAUUGCAAUAUGGCAUAGAUAAGCAGGCACUACUCAUUAGCUCACGCAUAUCACUUUGUAUUUUCCAAGUUGACUUACUGGUGAACUCAUUUUGCUGGUUUACUGUAACCGCCUCCUUAUUAUGUACUGUAAAAUAAAACAUUUAGUAUUUUAUCCUCCCCUAGUGCCCCAUUUUUUUGUUAGUCAUGUCAUGUUAUGUUUUAUGAUUUAUAUGUGUACAAUUUUGCAACUAGAAAAUAAAUACCUUUUUUAAAAUUACCCUUUCUUGUUACCUUCCUCCUUCUUAGUCUGCCACAGCUUCAAUGGGGAAUUCCGAUAUAUGGAAGGUUUUGCAUUACCUGAGUUUGCUGUACCCUUCUAAAAGCAGGCGCAACAUUCUUCUUAUAUCUGAUGGACAUAUUCAGAACGAGGGCACGACCUUGCAGAUUUUGAAGAAAAAUACACACCACACUAGAAUAUUCACAUGCGGAGUGGGGUAGGUCCAAAUUGACUGAACACUUUGUUUUGUGCUCUGGGAAAAUUACAAAGUGUAUUUAAUAUGCCAGGCUUUUAGGAUGGUAGAGUGAGUCAUUUGCUUUGGUUGGCAGACUUGGGGCAUCAGUAGCGCUCAGGCCAGUAGUCAGGUAUCUGAUUUUUUUUAUUAUUAUUAUAAUGUUUGCACAUAUUUUAAAUAAUGUGUGUCCUUGAGCUCUCUUCUGUAAAGGAUAAUUAUCUGGGAUCAUAAUUGCAUUUUGUAUCAAUGUUAAGAUAAAGGGACAAUAAUGUAAGCAAAUUGAUAAUAUGGUUUGUCACUUGGCAGUGUAAACUUGUGGGGAGAAACCAGGUUGUACCUGAGGGCGUGCAAGUGCACUAUUUGGAAACCCACCCCCCUUAGAAGCUAAAAUAUGAAGCUUUCAUAUCCUAAGUCAAAGCCUUGGUUUAUCUAGCUCAGUAUUGUUCAUUCCGACCAUCUGUUUUCCUUGAGAUCCUUUUGAGUGGAGACAGACCUACUCAUUAGGCAAAAUAACCUACUCAUGACCUACUCAUUAGGCAAAAUGAGGCUAUUGGCAGGGGCUGGGGGGUGGUGAAUUUGCAUCUUAGGCCUUAGAGUAUUUUAAAUACAACUUGGGUUUAAAGGGAUUUCCAUUAAUAAUUUAAAAAGAUAUCCAACUACUCCGGAAGAGUGAUGGAGGUGCAGGCUCCCUGCUGAGCCACUCCUCCCAGACUUGCCUCUUUCUGAGGAAGGACCCCUCCGUUUCUCAGAGCAAGGCAGGGAGUGCAGGUGUGGAGCACGGUUAGCAGUGACAAAGCACUACGAGCCAGGAGCAGCAACGGUAGCUUAGCUUGACUGAACCUGUGAUCUUCAUACUUGUUCCUUAUACACACAAAGUAUGUCCUCAGCUACUGAGCUAUCUGCCCUCCCAAAUCUCUUGGCUAGCUUUGCCCAGCUUUCUGCUACAAGUAGAAGCAGGACAAAGGUUUCUUAUUUAAGGUAUGUGGUUCAAUUGAAGUAGAGGGAACAACAAUUUUGAGUGGGACCAAGGCAUGUGCAAUGGCUGAUGCGCACACUGUUUCUGGCCCUGGAAGGGGGCAGUACAGGGCAGGUUUACACUUGCUCCGCCAAUGCACACAGAACGCAAUGACCCAGAACGCAACCCAGUGCAAGCAGGGAGUUAGUUGCUUCAAAUGUCCAGGAUAUACUAAGCAAAAUAUUCAGUGUUGUCUCUUCAGGCUGAUAUUUUCCUGCAGUUUCCCCACCCUUUUAAAUUCCACAUCUCAUUCAAACUGGCCAUUUACUUAAACCUUUACAAAUUGCAUUAGCCCCGCAGCAAAUCGUCACAUGCUGAGAUCUUUAGCCCAGUAUGGAGCUGGAGCCUUUGAAUAUUUUGAUGCAAAAUCCAAAUACAACUGGGAGAGAAAGGCAAGUAUAUUUUAAUAUCUUUUUUCUGUAGUCACAGAGGGGCCAGCUCCUUUUGUGAGAUUGCUUUCGUAAGCUUCCUCUGUGGCAGUGGUGCUGUCUUGCCCCCCACUACUGCGGGUGCCCAGGGCCAUGUGUCCUUACCGGGGGGGGGCACUGUAGUGUGUGCACUACAUCAUCACGCCCCUGCCACAUGUGUGCUACGUCAUCACACAUCCCUAUCUGGGUGCAAUGAUGUAGUGGGUACACGCCGGGGGGCGUGAUGAUGUAGCUCACAUGCUGGGGUGUGUGUGCAUGCGGCUGCGCCAAACUUUGCAUGUUCCCGGCCCGCUCACUUAAAAUGUUGUGGGAGCCAUGGCACACAGGGCCUCUGGGACCUGGCACCUAUGCUCUGUGGGAAUAUUUGGCGGAGGCUUUCAUUUUUUUGUUUUACUGCGAUGUUGAGAUGAGGGAACCUGUGGCUUAUGUGGAAAAUAGAUGAAAUCUUGUUGAGGCACUUCAUGCUCAGAGAAGAGGCCAAUGUCCCUGUGUUUGUGGUAUAUCAAAUGCUUCAACAUGCACUGCUGUCUGUGAACCAGUCUAGAAAUACCGUGCUCAUUUCUUUUUUAUUCUGAGAGGACAAUUUAUACGGAGAAAGUUUGCUUAGAUUGCUACCCCGCAGAGAAACCGGAUGGGGUGCAUCUGUAUUCCAGUGACAAGUAUCUUCACAUUGCUACUUAUUCCGCAUCCUGUUCACUCCCACUGCUAAUUUUUGGACCCCCAUUCACAUGACAUUAGAAACAAUCCACAAGCCUGUUGUUUAUUGACAAAUUCUGCUGUUUAAUGCAUUCUUUCUCAACCCAGCUUCAAUCUGGCUGGAAAACGAAAGCUGCAUUCAUUUUGUACUUAAGAAUGGUGUGGACGUUUGAGGCAGCCAUUGCACAUAUGCAGAUGGAUGGACAUGCACAGAUGGCAGCUUCAUGAAUAGGAGUUUUUAUUUUGGGAAGGUUGGGGGUGGGUUCGGGCACAGGGUAGCCAAAAGGCCAUGCAUUUCAGGUGAAUAUAUGCCUGCCCCCUGUCUGCCUGAUGAAGUGUCAUACAAAAAAACUGUGUAGCUGUAUAAUUCUUGUGUCCUUUUUUUUUACCCUGUACGAAAGCAACAAAUAAUAAUUUUCUGUUUCCUUCUCUGCAUCCAGAUGAAGAGUCAGACAUCAAGAAUGUCUUCUUUGGGGUGCAAUGCCGUUUCCAUCAAAUGGCAGCAGUUUGAUUUUGAUGCACCUGAGCUAAUGUACGCACCUGCUCAGAUACAGUCUCUCUUCAAUCACGACCGACUUCUGAUCUAUGGAUUCAUCUCUCACUGUACUCAGGUAAAUAAGCUUGUCGCCAACCUAAUCUCACCACCUUGUGUAGUACAAGCAACUGGCAAAUGCUUUUAGCUCCAUGCAAGUGCUUUGGAAUUUUUGUUCCAACUAAUGGCACACAUGGAAAGUUUAAGUGAGAGUGGAGAAAUGCAAGAACGACAAACAAGCUGAAGGGUAGAUCCAGAACGGUCCCUUUCUGCUGAAGUGAAAAUGACUUUGCUAAGAAUUGUGGAGCAGGCAAAACAAUACUAUAGCAGUAGUAAGCAUGACAAAUGCAGUUGCACUGUAAGGCACAACUUUGGGGCAGUUGUCCACUUGGCACGAACAGGAGGCACCUCAAACACAGCUGAGCGGCCCAGCCAUAUUUUAGAGUGGAAUUGUAGAGUUGGAAGAGACCUCAAAGGCCAUCCAUCACAUGCUAAUGCAGGUGAUACAUUAUCAUCUCAAAAGGACACUCCCCUUUCCCCCCUGUAAGACCAUUAAGUCUUAAAUUCACAGCUGGACAAAUAUGCCCAUUUUAGCAACCACCAUUUAUAUAUUAUAUGCAGCAUGUAUUAUUUAGUUAUUUUCUCCUUCAUCUUCCCCAGAUGCAACAAAACAUGUCUCUCCCCUAUCGGUGUCUACAGCCACAGCAGGCUCUGUAACCUUCCAACAGUUUGGCUCCACCUCCAAAGGCACUCUCCUCCAUUGUCUCCCAAGGCAGGCGGAUCCCAACACACACUAUAUGCCGCUGAAUCAUUAGUAUUUCCAGGUGGUGUGCCUAAAAACAAACCGUAUGAAGAAUAAAACUAUGAAUGGCCAUCCUAAAACCAAGCAGAAACCCAAACAUUAGUUUAAAGCAUCUGUUGGAACAGGAAAGUGUUAGUGCCUGAGGGUGCCUGUCUAAUCUCGGCUAGGAGGGAGUUCCAUAGUCUUAGACCUGCAACACUGACUGCCCGGCUUUUGGAGCCAUGGGGCUCAGUGAUAGGGGAGGGGUAUAAGGGGUCAGGUGGUCCUUAAGACCUACAAGAGUAAUUCAUUUUAUGAGAUACUAAACAAUCAUGCUGCACGCUGUAUUUAUGUCACUGUACUCGCAUGAAAAAGUAACACAGCACAUUCUGUUACCCUUAAUAGUGAAUAUUCAGCAUAUUUAAUUAAAACAAAAGGAAUAUUUCUGCUUGUUCUUCUUUCUUUCAGGCCACUUUAAAUGCACUAAUAGACGACAAAGAGCUGCAGACUGUGGUGUCCACAACUGAGCUGCAGAAGACAACAGGCACGGUGAGCUCAUGCUUCUCUCAUAAGCUACACCAGGGUCUAAAAUAAGUCGGAAUAAGGGAUUUUGAAGCUGUUGUUUUAAACCACCACUUUCCCCCUCUCAGUGUUUAUCCCUCCUCACUCCCAUGCGUGGCUGCUGCUGUUGUGCAACCCGCCUUCCUUCUCACACACCCCUAUCCUGCCAUCUAGAUAGAUAAAAAGGUAAAGGGACCCCUGACCAUUAGGUCCAGUCGUGACUGACUCUGGGGUUGCGACGCUCAUCUCGCUUUAUUGGCCGAGGGAGCCGGCGUACAGCUUCCAGGUCAUGUGGCCAGCAUGACUAAGCUUCUUCUGGCAAACCAGAGCAGCGCACGGAAACGCCAUUUACCUUCCCGCCGGAGCGGUACCUAUUUAUCUACUUGCACUUUGACGUGCUUUCGAACUGCUAGGUUGGCAGGAGCAGGGACCGAGCAACGGGAGCUCACCCCAUCGCGGGGAUUCAAACCACCAACCUUCUGAUCGGCAAGUCCUAGGCUCUGUGGUUUAACCCACAGCGCCACCUGCGUCCCUAUCUAGAUAGAUAGAUAAAUAUUAUUAUUGCAGGUGGCAGAAACAGGUGUGUUUGUCCAAUCAAAGUCAUCUAAUCAGGUCUCCCCUCUGAAAUGUUGGAUAAAUUGUGCCCCUCCCCCAAAAGCUGCCGUUUGCUCUGGGAGGGAAACUGCAAUUGACCCCUGUGGGCAAUUUUGGCACAGGAGGAAAAGGGUUUUUUUCCUUAAAAAAAGAAAACUCUUCCCAAUGUAUCAUGGUAUUGAUCCUGACUGGGCGUAGUAAUCCUAUAAAUGUCUACUCAUAACUUCCUUUUAGGUCAGUGGGUCUAAGUAUCUGGUAAGUGCAUAUGGGAUUGGAGCCUAAAUGUUGCUUAAAUUGUUAUAAUUAUUUUAAAAACUUGUUUUUUUGUAUAUACAUACUGUAUUUUGUUACUGCUACUAAUUCUUGGUUCUCUCUUCCCCCCCCCGCCCCGCCUCCUUCCCCACUGCCCAAUCUGUAUAGAUGCUGCACAAACUUGCAGCAAGAGCCUUCAUUCGAGAUUAUGAACAAGGGAUUCUUGAUGAAGAUGAAACAGAACAUGAGGUACAUUGCCAAAAAAAAAGUAAAAUGAAAAACAUGGAACAAUUUAUUGGCCAGCCAUUUUAGUUACAGCUGCUGCUCAUUUAGAUAUGACUUUUGAUGAAUUGUAGGAGGUUAGGGCCGCAAUCAUAUACAUUAUACGUAUCCCAUUGAACUCAGCGUGGCUUAUUUCUGAAGAGGCGUGUAUAGAAUUGCACUGUAAUUGAUGAAACCUACACAAACCUGCACAUUACAAAAAUAUCAGUUCUAAAGAAUAUAAGAUUUACUUUGAAAAGAUUAUUGUGCAAGUUGAUAAAAAUAGUUGCGUACUUUCUGUAACCUACAUAACUUGCGUUAAAUAAUGGAUAGCAAGACAAAUAGCGUAGUAUUUGACGGAAACGGAACUGCAGUGGAGCAGAAACAGCACUGAUUGUGGUGGAUACUGGCUGCAAUGGAAAUUGCUGCCUUUUUACAUCCAUAGCCAUGAUGUGUCAAAGCAGUACAGUACUAUGGAUUCAGAUGGGCAUAUCUGAAGUUCCAAGUAUAUGUGGGGUCCCGGUGUCAUGUGGUUAUAGGAUUGCUCUGGCCAGGACCUGAAAUCCCUGUUCCUGUUUCGGCCCCUGGGCAAGAAUGAAUAAUAAUAAUAAUAAUAAUAAUAAUAAUAAUAAUAAUAAAUUUUAUUUAUAUCCCGCCCUCCCCAGCCGAAGCCAGGCUCAGGGCGGCUAACAGCAAUAAAACAGUACAAAAGUACAGCACAAACAACACUCUAAAAUCAUUCAUUAUAAAAUUAAUUAAUUCAAGCCACUGGCAACCAUUGGGCCAGAGCUCCGCAAAGAUUGCCGAGGGAGGGAGUCAGGCUGUGCCCUGGCCAAAGGCCUGGUGGAACAGCUCUGUCUUGCAGGCCCUGCGGAAAGAUGUCAAGUCCCGCAGGGCCCUGGUCUCUUGUGACAGAGUGUUCCACCAGAUCGGAGCCACGGCCGAAAAAGCCCUGGCUCUAGUUGAGGCCAGCCUAACUUCUCUGUGGCCUGGGACCUUCAAGAUGUUUUUAUUUGAAGACCGUAAGUUUCUCUGUGGGGCAUACCAGGAGAGGCGGUCCCGUAGGUACGAGGGUCCUAGGCUGUAUAGGGCUUUAAAGGUUAAAACCAGCACCUUAAACCUGAUCCUGUACUCCACCGGGAGCCAGUGCAGCUGGUAUAGCACCAGGUGAAUGUGAUCUCGCAGCGAAGACCCCGUAAGGAGUCUCGCUGCAGCAUUCUGCACCCGCUGGAGUUUCUGGGUCAGUCUCAAGGGCAGCCCCACGUAGAGCGAGUUACAAUAAUCCAGUCUGGAGGUGACCGUCGCAUGGAUCACAGUGGCUAGGUCAGGGCGAGAGAGGUAAGGAGCCAACUGCUUAGCUUGGCGGAGAUGGAAAAAUGCCGCCUUUGUUGUAGCUGCAAUCUGCGCCUCCAUGGAAAGGGAGGUGUCGAAGAUUAUACCCAAACUCUUAACGGACGGUGCUGGCACUAAUUGCGCCCCCGCAAGAGAUGGGAGUUGCCCCCCCCUAUCCCAUAUCGUCCCGUCCCAGCCACAGGACCUCUGUCUUCGAAGGAUUUAGCUUCAACCGGCUCCCACGUAACCAUCCAGCCACAGCUUCCAAACAUCUGGUCAGUGUGUCUGGGGCCGAGUCAGGAUGGCCAUCCGUCAACAGAUAGAGUUGGAUGUCAUCAGCAUACUGAUGGCAACCCAGCCCAAAACUCCGGACAAGCUGGGCGAGGGGGGCGCAUAAAGAUGUUGAAAAGCAUCGGGGAGAGUAUCGCACCCUGAGGUACUCCACACACCAAGGAGUGGGGCGAUGACAAUUCCCCCCCAAGCGCCACCCUCUGUCCCCGACCAGAGAGAAACGAGCGCAGCCAUUGAAGGACUGUGCCCUGGAUCCCCAAGUCGGCAAGGCGGUGGUCCAGAAGUUUGUGAUCGACCAUGUCGAAAGCUGCUGACAGAUCUAGAAGAAUCAGCAGCCCCGACCCACCUCGAUCCAGCUGCCUACGAAGAUCAUCUGUUAGGGCAACCAGAGCCGUCUCGGUCCCAUGACCAGCACGGAAGCCGGACUGGAAUGGAUCCAGAGCCGAUGUUUCAUCCAGAAACCCACCAAGCUGUUCAGCAACCACUCUCUCAAUCACCUUACCCAGGAACGGAAGAUUCGAAACUGGGCGGUAAUUGGAUAGAUCUAAAGGAUCUAAUGAUGUUUUCUUUAAGAGCGGGCGCACCACUGCCUCCUUCAGUUCCCCUGGGAAUGUCCCCGUGCCAAGGGACAAAUUGAUGAUAUCCCCCAGGAGGGCCCGCACCUCGUCUGGACACGCUCUAAUCAGCCAAGAUGGGCACUGGUCAAGAGGACAGGUGGUGGGCUUUCCACAUUGUCCACAUCGGCUGGGGAUAUCCGUUUGAAGUGGUCCAAUACUGGACCCGAGGACAGUCGAGGGGCCUCCAGUUCCUUUAUUGUAUCCAAGAAUAAAUGCAUUAGUAUGCAGCUUUGUUUUCAGUUACACUUUGGGGAGGGAAGGAAUCCCUUUCUGGCAAGGAGGGGACUAGGGGUCAUUGUAUGUGGAGCAAGACAGAUGCCCUCAAAUAUAAAACCUCACAGCUUUUGUAGCCAGCUUUUAUUUUCAGCAGCCACAAUAUAGCCAUACUGACCUUAUUAUUGUGGGAGUGGUUUGCCAAUGCUUAUUUGGUUCACCAUUUAGAGAAGCAUCUCUUCACUGUUUUCAGCCCUAUACUUCACCUGCUUUGAUUAGAGCUCUCUGUGUUGUUUUGAAAUAACAAUAUGCCUGUGUCUUACCUAUUUAGAUGAAGAAGCAGCUGUUGAAGUCCCAAAUCAUUGAGCUCAGUCUGAAGAACUCCAUUGUGACCCAGUUUACAAGUUUUGUGGCAAUUGAGAAAAGGGUACGUGUGUUCACUGAGGUACUUUGUACGCAUGAGCUGUCACUUAAUCCUUGGGCCCACCGUUCAUACUUCAUCAGUUCUCUUAAAGGUAAAGGUAAAGGGACCCCUGACUGUUAGGUCCAGUCGCCGACUGGCUGAGGGAGCCGGCGUACAGCUUCUGGGUCAUGUGGCCAGCAUGACUAAGCCGCUUCUGGCGAACCAGAGCAGCGCACGGAAAUGCUGUUUACCUUCCCACUGGAGCAGUACCUAUUUAUCUAUUUGCACUGGCAUGCUUUCGAAAUGCUAGGUUGGCAGGAACUGGGACCGAGCGACAGGAGCUCACCCCAUCGCAGGGAUUCGAACCGCCGACCUUCUGAUUGGCAAGUUCUCUUAUUGACCUAAUAUUAAUGACUGAAUUUAUUAUUACCGAGCACCAGAAGUAUAGAAGAUGCUGGGAAGAAGAAGCACCCAAAGAUGGGUUGUAUCCUUUUACCACUUGGGUCAUGUAAUCCAUGAAUCCUUUUAUACUCCUGCUCAGGAGACUCCACCCAGAUCCCCUUCAAGCCUUCCCCAGAAUCAGUGCUUUUCUUUCAUCUCAUCUCUUGAAAACCUUCGUGUCUAGUCUAAAUACUAUUUUUCUCCCUGGAAUCUAAAGAUGCUAUUUCACUUGUUUUUCACCUUCACUUAUUUUCUUCCCUUUUUUUCAAAACAGCUUUAUCUUUGUUCUAUUCUUCCUUCUGCUUCUCUGCUUACCCUUCUCUCUCUCCCUCUCUCCCUUGGCAUUGUUUUCCUCAGAACAGCUGUAAAAUGCAUUGCAUUUUCAACUGGUCUCCAUUCUGGAGAACAAGCAGGGGAGUGUACUUGGUUACCCAGUUUAACUUGUUGACUGAGAUGAUUAUUUCGCCAUUGAACAAUUGUUCAAAGUAGCAUAAUUGUUAAUCUCAUGGCUUGGACACAUUGCAAAAUUGGGGCAGGCCAGGUGAUGUAACACAGGUGUGGGAAACCUUUGGCCCUCCAGAUAUUGUUAAACUACAACUCCCAUCAUCCCUUCCCAUUGGCCAUGCCUGCUAUGGCUGAUGGGGACCAUAGUUCAGCAACAUAUGGUGCGUCAAAGGUGUGGUGGGCAGCCCUGAAGGCAGCCCUGUUUAGGGAAGUUUUUAAUAUUUGAUGCUUUAUCAUGUUUGUAGUAUUCUGUUGGGAACCGCCCAGAGUGGCUGGUGAAACCCAGCCAGAUGGGCAGGGUAUAAAUAAAUGAUGAUGAUGAUGAUGAUGAUGUAACAUAAUAAACUGGCUGCUCCAUCCCAUUGCACAGAGGGACUGCUCACAUCAUUUAUGCCUGAGUGUGAAACACCAAACUUGCAUGUCGCAUCAUCUGUGGGGUGAGGAGGCAUCCUUCACCUGAAAGGAGCUCCACUCUGGGUUACGCAUGGACCAAUGCAAACUGAGGAAAACAUUGCCUGAGGGGGCUUCCUACAGCCAAGCAGAGCGGCACAUGAUGGAGAACAUGCUGAAUCUGCUUAAAGCAGGGGUGGCUAACCUGCGGCCCUCUAGAUGUUGUUAGACUCCAACUUCCAUCAGGCUCAUCCAGCAUAGCCAAUGGUUAGGUAUGGUAGUUCAACAACAACAACAACGUAUUUAUACCCUGCCCAUCUGGCUGGGUUUCCCCAGCCACUCUGGACAACUACCAACAGAAUAUUUAAAAUAGAAUCAAACAUUUAAAACUUCCCUAAACAGGGCUGCCUUCAGAUGUCUUCUAAAAGUCAGAUAGUUGUUUAUUUCCUUGACAUCUGGUGGGAGGGCAUUCCACAGGGCAGGCACCGCUACCAAGAAGGCCCUCUGCUGGUUCCCUGUAACUUCACUUCUCACAGUGAGGGAACUGCCAGAAGGCCCUCAGAGCUGGACCUCAAUGUCCAGGCUGAACGAUGGGAGUGGAGACGCUCCUUCAGGUAUACAGGUUCCCCACCUCUGGCUUAAAGUUUCUAUGUUUUUCUUAGGACUUCCCCAUCCCAGUUCAGAUUAAUUCCAGUGUUCAUUUUUGUAUCUUGAAGCAUGCACAUUAUUUUACGUAAUUUAUAACCUUGCUUUUUAAUACUUAUUUUUGUGGUGCUUUUUAUUCUACCCCCCGCCCCCCAUAUUCAGGAUACAAAUGAAGACCAGACUGCUGAUACUCUGGAUGUUUUGGAACUUGUAGCCAAGAUGGAUGUAGACAUCUUACCCUACAUGGAAUAUCAGUCAAAAGGACAGACGGCUCCUUGCGAGUCCCUAAGUUUUGUAUGUAUCCAACACUUUCUGGUCCUCUUCUCCCUUCAUGCAUUCCACUUUAUGCAUCUCAUGAAGUGGUCUGUGGUCCUUGGCAUGGUAAAAUGCACUUUUCAUUAUUACUAAUUUUGCUUUCUUCCCUAUUUUAUCUCAUUCCCCACCACCUCUAUAUAUAUGUGUGUGUGUGUGUGUGUGUGUUUGUUCCAGUCAUCAAGAGCCUCCAUCGUUGAGGAGGAGGGAAUAGGCUUUGAGGAGGAGGUAAUAGACCGUGAAGUAAGUUGACAAAAAGAUAAAAUACUUGAAACCGCACUGUACGUUGGCCAGCCAUUUUAAUUAAGGUUGUUGCCUUUGCUUAAUUGUAUGAGGUUAAGGUUGGACUCUUACAUGUCCUGACCUGUGAAUUGCAUUGAACUCAGUAUUAAAAUCCAUAUUAAUAAGUGUAAUUAUACUUCGAUACAACCUUGACAUUUCAUUAGACGAAAACAAGAGCUAUACUUCAGUGGGGAAGGCGCAUCUGAUGGGUCAGUUCCCUCUUACUAACUUAGCGAACUGAAGUAUUCCGUUUAAUUUGCCUAUUCUGCCUUUGUUUAUCUUCCUUUGCAAAUGUCUUGAACACUGAGACAUUGGAAUGUAAUUUAGUGAAAUUAAAACAGUGGUAGCCAAUGUGGUGCCCUCCAGAUGUUUUGAACUCUCAACUCCCAUCCGCCCCAGUCAGCAUGGCCAGUGGUCAGGGAUGAUGAAAGUUAUGAUCCAAAAUAUAUAGGUUGCACUACAUUGGCUGGGUUGAAGACACUGUUCUGCAUUUCAAAUUCUAAGAGCUCUUCAUCCCCCACAACUCUUUUCAAAGGUGGGGAAGGGGACACACUGUGGGAGGAAUUGUGCCCCACUCCCAAGAAAUUGCUGUUUGCUCGGGGAGGAAAACUUUUACAGUGGUACCUUGGUUGUCAAACGGCUUAGCUCCCGAACAAAUAGGCUCCCACAAACCCGGAAGUAAGUGUUCCAGAUUGCAAACAUUUUUCGGAAGCCAAACUCCUGCAGCCAAUCAGAAGCCAUACCGUGGUUUUUGAACGGUUUUGGGAGUCGAAUGGACUCCCAGAACAGAUUAUGCUUGAGAACCAAGGUACCACUGUACUGACAUUUGAGGGCAUUUUUUUUGUCAGGGAUAUGGCACUGGGCGGGUGGGGGGAGUUUUUUUUUUAAAAAAAACUUCUCUGUGUAUCACAGUCUUGAUCCCAACUAUACUCCUGACAUGUUUUAUUAUUACUAGUACAAUAAUCAUUACUAAUUAUGCUUUCUUCUAUUCUACCACCCCACCUCUCACCACCCAUAUAUAGCCGAUGCUUGACUUUCAUUUAGCAGAAGAUCUUGGAGUUUAUGAAGAAGUGGCUAUUGAGAAGGAAGAAAUAGAAUUUGUGGAGAAAACGAAAAAGAAAAGGAGAAAAAUGGUAAGGGAACUUGAGGUACAUUGGUGCAAAAAAUACAAGAAAAAACAUGAAGCAGUUUAUUGGUCAGCCAUUUUAAUUAGAGCUGUUGCACACUUUGAGAUUUUUUUUAAUUCAUUGCACAAGUUUAAGGAUGGAGUCUUAUACCUUCUGACCUUUGAGUCCCAUUGAACUCAGUAUUAAAAUCCCUUUUAAUAAGUGUAAUAAUUGAUACAAUCUUGGUAUUCAUUAGACAAGAUUAAGAACUAAUCUAACAUAACUCAAAGGCCUCAUUGAUUCACUUCUAGAAAGCAUUUUUUCCAAGAUGAAACUUUUCAGUUAAACCUGUGUCAUGAAAACACUCGCAAGCUUCAGUUAAUCAUAAGUUGUACACACAACUAUUUGGAACAUAGGAGCUGCCUCUGUUUCCUAAGAAGCCUAUCUGUAUCAGCGGAGACAAAUACAUGUGAGGAUGUAGUUAUUUCUGGGGGGGGGGGGGGACACAGAUUUUAUCCAUGCUAGCCCAGAAGUAAGGUUUUCACUAAGUCAGCUUGAAUUAAAAUGGUAGCUCUACACAGCACAGUACAGAGCAGAGUUUCUCAAACUCAGGUCUCCAGCUGUUUUUAGACUACAGUUCCCAUCAUCCCUGACUACUGAGUCUUGCUAGGUAGUCCCAAAACAGCUGGAGAUCCAAGUUUGGGAAGCUCUGGUAUAGAGCUUAAUUAUCCGACAAUGCCUUCCUCCAUUGUCGUGAUCCAUUCAUGUUUACUUAGAAGUAACUUUGCUGAAUGGGAUCAAUUAACGAAUCAGUAACUUCCUGUGGCACUAGCAUUAAAGCAAUAAAAGUACUCAGUGCUUAGUCCCAGAUUAUAUUGUUUACAGUUUAGGUUGACUACAGAUCUAGUAUAGUUUUUCCCCCUUUAAGUAAAAAUGAUUUUUAAUGCUUGAUGCCUAUAGUUUAUAUUUCCAGAAUAAAUCCUUUUAAGGAGGUUUCUUUCCGACAGAUCAUAGAUUACUGUUCUUGUUGUUAAACCUAUUCGUUUCUUGUCACCAAACAGCAAGUAAUUUACACUGAAGAACAUAUGCAUGAAUACAUUAUAACGUAGAAUUCGGGGGGGGGGGGAGAUUCUAUAAGCAUUGUGAAUAAUGAUAUAUAAAAACAAUGUGUGUUUUCCCAGCUGUGAGACUAAAAGAAUAAAUUUUACUCCGCAGAAGUCUGUGGUUUCCAUGGCUGACCACGUGCCUGAAGCAUUUCAAGAUGAGAGCGGAUAUAUGUCAGCUGCUCCUCCACUGCGGAUGUCAUUUCUUAAGAAGCAACCUAAGAAAGCAGUUCCACGUACUGAGGCAGAGAAUUUGAGUAUGUCAGUGCUGGAGGAAUUUACAGGUGGCACGCCAGCAGGUGGCAUGAGCGGUUGUCUUCUCAGUUCUGACUUGAAGGUAAUCCCCAAAGCUGCCUAGCCGGGGCAUAUGCUAAGAGCAUACCACUUCCCCUGGGUCAGUACUACUUCACACAGGUGUCUUUUUUUGGAGGAAGAGAGCACUGGGCAUUUAGAAUACUUUUGUAAUACUUGGUUUGUUUACACAUAUAGUAGAGCCAAAACAGAGGCAACCAGCAUGUGUAUGCCUGCCACACAGCCAAUCCACUCCUUCACAUCCAGUCCCCAGAGAAAGAUACCAAAAACUGCUUCCCUUUUUCCUUUGUGCGCACACACACACACACACACACACGCACAGAGUUGUUUCUGGGCAUUCAUAGCAUCUCCAUCUCAAACAUUCCAAGGUGAUCAAGAAACUGUUUCCUCACAAUGCGCUCUCAGAAAAGACACAUCCACUGGCUGUGCUGAACUUCCAAGAAAUAUUAACAUUAUUUGGUGUGCGUUUCUAAAAUUCCUCUAAGGAAGUUCUCUUCAGACAAAAAUUCUGAGGAACUUUUUGACCACUUGUAUGACUCAGUGGGAGGCACAUCUAAACACUGAGGGGAUUCAAAAACAGAUUUUCAAGGGUUUUGAAUGAUAAUUUAGGGAAAACAUAACAUGUGUCAUUAGUUAAAGCUAAAGGACCACUGGACAGUUAAGUCUAGUCAAAGGCGACUAUGGGGUUGCAGCGCUAAUCUCGCUUUCAGGCUGAGAGAGUCAGCGUUUGUCCACAGACAGCUUUCCAGGUCAUGUGGCCAGCAUGACUAAACUGCUUCUGGCAGAAUGGAGUGCCAUGACGGAAGCCAGAGCACAUGGAAACGGCGUUUACCUUCCCGCUGCAGUGGUACCUAUUUAUCUAUGCUCACUCGCGCGCUUUCAAACUGCUAGGUAGGCAGGAGCUGGGACAGAGCAACAGGAGCUCACCCCAUUGUGCAGAUUCAAACCGCCAACCUUCUGAUCGGCAAGCACAAGAGGCUCAGUGGUUUAGACCACAGCACCACCCGCAUCCCUUAUAACGUGUGUGAACCAUAUUUGAGUCUAAAUGAAUGGAUUUUUCUUCAUAGUUGAGUGAUACUUCCAUACCUGACAUCAUGUCUGAAUUAGCAGAUGAGAUUUCUUCUCCAGUAAACUUAACAACGAACAGAGUCUCCCGAUUUCUCUCCCCUCACUGUUCAGCAGCUGCAUUGCCGUUAGCCGACGUAUCUCGUCCCAAUCCCAGCUCUGAUUUGUGGGUAAUUCUGAAAGCCUCCUAGUCUGAUCAUAUGUGGAAUGCACACCGCUUUCCCAAGCAGCGAGAAAUUCCAGGGGCAGCCGUGCUAUUUGGAUACCUACAGCAUUUUUGUAAUAUUUGGAUUGUUUACAAAUAUAGAAGUGGAGCACACAAGUGGAGGCAACUGGUAUAUGCUGUCCUGCCAUGCAGCUGAUCUACCCCUUCGCAUCCAGUCCCCAGAGAGAGAUACCACCACUUGCCUUCAGAUCACAGCUAACUCUGCUUCUUCCCCUUGCAAAACUUUCCGUUAUGCAUAAACACACACACACACACACACACACACACACACACACUGUUGGGUGUGCCCCCUUUUCCUAGCAAUGGUUGCUUUUCCCACCCCAAACAUUCAAGAAGGAUUAAGAAACUAUCUUCUCACAAUUCACUCUUGUAAAGAUGCUGAACCACUAGGAAAUGCUAACAUUCUUCUGUUAAAUCCCAAGUUAUGAUCGGGGAAUACUCCAAGGCAAGGGUGGCUUGUACAUGGCCCUCCAGAUGUUGCUGUGUUACAAGUCCCAUCAUUUUUUUACUGUUUACCAUGCUGGGUGGUGGGAGUUGGAGUCUACUGACAUCUCAUAGCCACUGGUUAGACACCCCUGCUGCCAGGCAAUCCCAUUAGACGGCAAUCUCGCAACAAUCCAAAGGUCCUUUGAGGAAGUUCUCCCAAGGCAGACAUUUCGGGGGGUUUUUUUAAAUCAGUUGUACAACUUGGUGGGAGGCAUACCUUAACAUUACAAGAGUUUUGUGUGAGGGGUUUCAGAAGCAGAUUUUUCAAGGCUGUGGUAGUUAAUGUAGGAAAAGCAGAAUGUGUGUGAAGCAAAUCUGAGUCUAAAAUAACAACUUUUACCCCAUAGGUGCCUUCUCCUCCUAUUGCUGGCAGCAAGCUUGAGGGUAGCUCCUCAGGCUUCGGUUUUGGAAUCCAAAAUAGUGCUCCGAUAAGCGCCCUUCCUCCACCGCCUCCUAGUCCUCUAUAUGGGAACAUCCGCAAGUUUGGAUCACCUGCAACUGGUCUGAUCGGUUCUGCUUUUGGCUCACCUGCUUUUGGAUUACCUGCAGCUGCUCAGUUUGGUUCACAAGCAGUCCCCCAAGCUCCGAUAAGCACUGCUUCACCACUGCCGCCUCUGACUGGAGGCAUCCCCAACACGUUGGCUUUUGGGUCAUCUGCAGCUGGUCUGUUUGGUUCUAUUUCCAGUCCCAGUUUGGGUUCACAGGCAAUUCCCCAAGCUCCAGUAAGCACCGCUGCUGCUCCCCCACCUCCUCUGCCUAGAGGCAGCCUCAACAUGUUUGCUUCGGGACCACCUGCAACUGGUCCGUUUGGUUCUAUUUUUGGAUCACCUGCAACUGGUCCGUUUGGUUCUACUUUUGGAUCACCCGCAACUGGUUCGUUUGAUUCACAGGCAAUCCCCCAAAGCUUUAGCUUGAGGGAAUUUGAUAUGCUUCAACAGAAGGAUCCGUUUCUACUUCCAGCGCUUCCACCUAAAAGAGUGCAAGCUCUUAAGCUUUCUCUAGCACCUGGAAAAGCAUUUGCGCAAGGAAGUGCACAGGAGUCGGUCAGCCCUCUUCGCAGAGUGCCAGAAAUGCAGUGCUCAAAGGAAACCUCUGAGGCUUCUCACAAGAUGCACUAUAGCUUGCAGGGGGUAAGAUGUCUUUAACUAUUUUUAAAACUGUAUGUUAAUUGUAAUCCACCCUGGGACAUUCUGGUGAAGGUUGGGUGAUUUUGUGUGUGUGUGUGUGUGUGUGUGUGUGUGUAUACACACACACACACACACAGACACACACACAGUAUAUAUGCUUAUCUGUUCUUAUUGCUUCUCUAGCCUAUACUACUAUUUUUGAUGGAGCACCUACCCUUAGAGAGCAGGGCUUUUAGAUGUGCUGGGUUAGGUUGUGAUUCUUCACAUCCCUUGAGGACUAGCUCUGGGGGAUAUUUUUCACUCUACAUUGUUGUCUGUCUCUCUCUUUAAAGAAUACUCUCCUGGAGAUGCACAAAAUGAAAAGGCACCAAUCAUUUCCUGCACAAAAGCCGCUAAGGGUUGUAUCCUGGCCUCAACUCUUUAAACUCCAGGAUCAGGUAUGCACCUUCUUUUUUUCUCUAGCUGUUGCAAGAAAAGAGGGGGGGAAACAGACAAAUGGAGCUUACCCUUGGGUGUAGCCAGGAGGAGCAAAGGGGGCAGUUGCCCCCUCCCCAGAUAAAGUAAAACAAUAGAAGUACUUAACUAACUGACCAAUCACGUCGGUUCUGCCCCCCUAACAAAAGUCCUGCCCCCCCCCAAAAAAAUCCUGGUUACGCCCAUGACUCUACCAUUAUUUUGCAGAAACAGAGGGCCUAUCCCUCUGAUACUGUGGGGAAGGGACAUUUUGACAAAUAGAGUUUGUUGUUGCAGCUUUAUGAUUAUCUUUAUAUUUUAUUGAUUUACAUUUGUGAGCUGCCCAGAGAGGAUACCAUUGAUGGGGUGGUAUAGAAAUUCCCAAAUGAAGCAGAAUUUUAUUUAUGUAUUUGCAUAUCCUAGAUGCCUCAAUACACAGGUUCUUCGGGCGUCAAGCAAAUUAGACAUUAAAAUGAAAAUGAAACAUAGCAUAGAAUAACAGAAAGAAAUUCAGAGUAAGAUCUCACAGAAAACACAAAGUAUAGCCAGGGAGGAAACUUUCGGUCUCUUCGUAUGUUAAUGACUGAGGUGGGCAACCUAAACCCUGAGGGCUGCACACAAUAUUUGGCCUAAUUUCAUGCAGAUGGAAAGAAAGGCAAAAACAGGGAGAAAGCAAAAACAGAAAAGGGGCAUCCCACCCCAUUUCUGCUUCUGGCCCUGCCACUCUUGGCGUGCAGCCUUAAACAGAUUACCCCCAGGGAAAUGCAGCCCUAUCCAGAAGACAAAUUUUCCACUUCUGUUACAUGAGAAACCUUACCUUUUUUGCCCAUUUGUGCCUCACCUGUGUUGAAGAGGCUGCCUGCUUUCUUUUUUUAUAGAGCCAUUCAUUACAUGUGUUUAUUUUCCUUAAAAAAAAGAAAAGAAUAGCUUUCACACAACAAUUCUCCUCUUCCCCCAUUUUAUUUUCUAUGAAUGUGUUUUCCAGGAUGGUUUUUGGCAGCUGAUCCCUGAGCUUGGGACUCUUCUGGAUUUCGAUGUGGAUUAUUUUGUCAACGUUUCACUUGCAAAAAAGGGAAUUAAUUCACUUGGUAAAUCCCAUUUUACUUCCUUUAUACAGUGUACUCGAACUUCUGAAAUGCUUAUUCCCACUGAAAGCAUUGUGAAAAGUCAGUAAUGACUAACUUAAAGCCUAUUGUUUUCAGUGGAACCUAGGCAUAGUAUUUAUACAUAGGUAGCUGUAUAAAUACUAUGCCUAGGUUCCACUGAAAACAAUAGGCUUUAAUGUUUGCUUUAUGGCUGUAUACAGACUUAGUUCCGCUUCUGCAGCAGGGCAAGAUGAGCAAACUGUGGGCCUGCCACUCAACAACAGUAAAUGAUCCAGUGGGAAUCAAAUUAUUUUUUAAUAUAAUUAGAUAUUCUGGUUUUCACAAAUACUGUUUACAGCUAUAAUAAAAGCUCAAUGGAAUGGAUUUGGGAGUGAGGGUGUCAUGGAAUUCUACUCAAUAUGAUCCAGAGCAGAACUCCCAAUGUAUAGUUUGCAGAGUAAAAACUUAAACAUGUUGCGUGAUUCCCCAAAAAUAGACCAGAGGCAAUUAUAUUUCAUCCAGCAGAACUUUACUGCUACUGAAGGCAAAUGAGCAUAAUGGUCACAAAUCCAAUACAUUCAGGAUUAGGAUUGGCACUGUCCAUAAGAAAUCCAGUUGCAGCAGACUUAACUUAAACUUACAAUGACUUAUAAUAAGACUAAACCUCCACACUAAGCAUAUUAUGUACAGAACGCCACACCAGAAGGAAGAGAGAUAGAAAGAGAAACCCGGGCUCCUUCUGGCCUUGUUAUUAUAGUCAGCAUGACCUUGACUGAAAGAGAUAACAGAACCAGUUUAAGCCAGCUGUACUCAGCUGCUCUGAAGGAAUAACCCAAACAUCAUGAAUUUUCUGCUUGUUUCUUUCAACCAGAGAAGCUUCCAGAACCCUCUUGAAUUAAUUAGAAUAGGAAAUAUCUCUACACAUCAGAUCAAUACUUUCUGUACUAAGAAAUGCAAACUGGCUGAGGGGAUCCAUGCACUCUUAGGGGGGAAAUCUUUUGAUACUCAAGUUUUAGAUAUUCAGGGUACCACCAGUCUGCUUGACAACAGCACUAACACUUUAGUUAGGAGUACUUUUAAGAAUUAAUUCUUCAAUAUGAAACACAGACAGUUAAAUGCUACUGCUUGUUUCUAUUCAUCCAGGCCCCAAAGGAAAAGAGAAGCUGUUGCGGUUGAUUGCUACACUUCUGGUGCUACAGGUUAUACGUUUCAAGCAACUGGAAGGCCUCGUCUUCAGAUCUUUAACAACACUGAAUGACUCUCCCCCAUCGUGGUAUGUUUUGUAAGCAGACUUAACAUUUCAGGCAACUCUUCUCUAAAAGCUAAAGCGUUUAAAUCAGUUGUAGGCAUUAAUUCGUAGUAGUAGGGCUUCCUUGAGUCAAAGCAAACUGAGGUUGUAAACAUGGGGGGCUGGGGACCAUUGAGACUUGUAGGUGGAAGUCAGGGAGACCAGAAAUGUAUCCUGCACCAUUGACAGGUAGAGCCACUCUGACUGCCUUUAAGUAAAGCAGGAAAGGUGGCGACUGGCUGAGGGCAGGCAGGUUGGUGCUCCAUUUGCCAUUUGCCCUCCUCUGGUUGUAAAACACAUAUUCAGGGGGAUGUUUCAGGAUAUGAGACUCCAAGUGGGUGACACCUGAGUGCAGCUUAAACAGUAACUUGAAUUUCAAAUAAUAAUAACUUGUUUAAUAUGAAACUUUAGUCUUUGGAAAAGAGGACUGACCAAGUCCAACAUUAGGAGAAGGCUAAGUUCAUCAAGAGUCUGAGGUUCUAACCACCCAGUCUGUAACUAAAUCCAUUUCAAAUGCUAACUUUAGAGAUAAACCUUCUACCUGGGUUGAUGCCGUUGUAAAAACUUCAAAAUGGGACCAGUGGCGCUUCCCACAUAGCUGGCCCAAUUAGCAGAGAAACGUAGCUUUCCAGGGUGAAGGAUACCCAGGGUGAGCUCAGAGAGAGAAGACGCAAAUAUAUCACAGAUUUCCAGCUUCAGACAGAAAAGUAGUUUCACUGCCAGUCAUAAAAAGCAUGAAGGUUACAAACACUAUUUACAAAGAGUUCAUUGCUUCUGCCUUUCCAGGCAGAGGUCUCAUUACAUCCAGCCAGUUUGAUGGCUAAGAUCAGACUCCUUAAAAGAGUUCUCACUGUCACUCCCCAGAAGCUGCACAUGCCCAGAUUACCUCCUUCUUUGACCUUGUAGCUGUCCAAGCUAGCAGCUUCUGGAAACUAGCUUCUCACAGAUAACAGCAACACAGAAUGUUCUUGCUUUCUGAGAAUGAAUGACACCAACCCCCAACAGAUACCCAUCCCCUGUAUCGUUAGGGGGGCUGUAGCAAGUUUUUUUUUCUUAGGUUUUCCUGAAUUACAGUUUGUUGUAAUUAGUUUGUGGUAUAGCUAUGUUAAGGGUACUCGCAAUCCAUUGGAAACCUCCACAUAAAUCUCACUGGAAUAAGGUACCCACAGUCGAAACAAAAUAAAAAAGUUCCUUCCAGUAGCACCUUAGAGACCAACUAAGUUUGUUAUUGGUAUGAGCUUUUGUGUGUAUCUGAAGAAGUGUGCAUGCACACGAAAGCUCAUACCAAUAAUAAACUUAGUUGGUCUCUAAGGUGCUACUGGAAGGAAUUUUUUUCUUUUGUUUCACUGGAAUAAAAGAGGCUUAGGAAUGUCAGUAGCUGCCUUACACAGAUCAGAUCAUUGGUCCAUCUAGCUCAGUAUUUUCUAAGCUGAUUGAUAAGGAGCUUUUCAGAGUUUGUCAGAAAUCUUUUCCAGCUGUAUUUGGAGAUGUGAGGCAUCAAACCUGGGAUCUUUUGCAUGCAAGGCAUGUGUUUUGCUACCACCGAGCCCUUCAUGCGUACAAAUCUGUACAAUGUUGAUUUCAGAUGCCCUCUUUGUUUUAAUGAAGGAAGAAUUGGUAAAGUUGGUGGGAGUCUUCUAGGCCAUCUAGUUCAACCCCCUCCUUGAUGUGAAGAAUCCAGAGCUAGAGCAUCCAACCUCUAAUUGAAAACCUCUGCCAAGGAAAAUCCAUUUGGUUCCAUUUUCAGACUGGUCUGUUAAUAGGUUUUUCCUAAUGUGGAGCCAGAAUCUAUGCAAUUGUAGUCACAGGGCCCAUGAGAUAGAGUCCUGUCCUCUAUGGGCAGCAGAACAAGUCUUUUCCCUCUUGACGCUAUGGUCAAGUUGCUGUUUCAUUUCGACACGAUCAUUUCAUUCACUCCUUUCUCCGCUGUUCACAGGGCAUUUGAACCUGUAAAGAAAGCAGUUGAGUGGGCAAGGAGAACUGAACGAGAAUUUCCAGCAAUUUGCCAGCGUCUUGAUCUGGGGAAAGACUGGGAUUUUGCCACGAAGAAGCUGCUGCAUAUUGAAGAGAUUGGGAUUGGCAUUACUGUUGUUUCCCCACCUCAUAUCUAGUCAGACUAACAGAAAUAUGGCAUCAUCAUCUAUUUGCUUGUCUCUAAUCAUAAUAUGUUGAUUUUAUCUGAUUAAGUUUUUGGUUUUCUAUCUAUGUAUUUGAUCAUGGAACUUUGAUACUCCAGACUGUAACCAAGAAUAUAAAACACCAAAAAAAUAGUAUACAGUAAAUAUUAUGACCUGUUUUCUCAGUAUUCAUUUUGGGUUGGGGUUCAUUUUGUUUUACAAAAUGGUUUUCUGUUUUAGGAGAUAUUCUGACCAGGAGGCUCAGUACUAUUCAUGUCAAAAGUUUAGCUGAUGAACCUGGUAGUUAUGGGGAAGUGAAAUAUAAAGAUUGACAAGCAAAUAGUGGGGCAGAAGCUUAAACAAGUUUGUGGGAAUGGAAACUGUUUGGAGAUUGACUGCGUAGUAUUUAUUUUUUUAAACAGGUUUCCAUCAGUGUAACAGAUUCAAUGAAAAUGUUCCCAAAUCUUAUUGCCUCUGGUAGUUAAUGCUGGCAAAAGAAUGAAUGCAACAUGGUAGCUAAGUAUAAAGCAGAAAAAGGUUCCUUCAGCCAUAAGCUGAUAAAGUGCUAUCAGAGUGGAUGUAAGAAUGUAUUGGGAUAGUUUGCAUUUAGUUUGGAUUUGUAAACACUCUCUUAAAAAAUUAAUAAGUAAUCAUUAUAGACACAUUAGUCCAACAGUUAUUUUCUGAACUAAAUCAAUACAUCUACCCAGCUACAAAUAUUUUUUCUGUGUGAAUAACCAUUCUGAUAAUUUUUCAAAUAUAAUUGCACCUGAUGAAAAUAAACUACGCUAAGCUGCUCAGUAACUAUCCAGCCUUCUUUUCUACCUGCAAAUCAUGGGAAUUUAUUUGCUACUUUGUUUUUGUGAAGAUUCAGCUAGGAAAAGCAAUGCUGGAAUGAGGAAAAGGGAAAUGGUCCAGUGCAUAUGUUCCUAUAGUCCCACACUUCAGAAAAGGUCAUGUGUGUUAGCCAUAAAUAAGACCCUAUGAAGUAUAGACACUUUCUCUACAGGUUAAUUGUGCAAAAUGCAGUACAGUCCAAUGAAGAGAGGCAAGACCUUCUUGUGUAAGAAUAAAAGAUUAAAUAAAUAUGCGGGCGGAAGAGGAUGUUUGUGGAUGGGCAUCAUUAGAUUCAACACUUAGCUUCAAAUUAACAUGGUUUGGUGGUCAGGUUUGCAUCAUUCUUUAGGAAAUAUAUGAAGAAAUAUUGGUGAUAACCUUCAUUUG